AAUCAAAUGUUUACCCCGAAGUUGCAGCCUCCCACUGCUGCUUGUACCCUGGGACUAACGUUACUGGUCAGUGCUGUGUCGAGACGUCCCGUAGCAGAAGACCUGCACCAAAGAAUGAGGAUAAAGUGAGUAUUUGAGAAUGACACUCUUACCUUUUGAUGUCCAGUGAAAGGUUGGUGUGUGUGAAUGUUGUUUUCUCCGCGGUUUUUGAUGUUGUUUACUGGUGUCUUUGUUAACGGACGGCUUGAAAGCUCUAACGUGAAAGAUUGGCAGCUCGUGAUUGAAUGGACCCCUCAUGUUGACUGACAAGUUGCUUAUUUGGUCAUUUAAAACCACAUUUAUCAGGAACUGUAAACCAAGGUCAGUUUAUCGUUAUUAGAAAAAAUAAAGGUGGCAAUAACAACUGCCAGACUAUGAACGUGAUUCAGAGAUUCUACAGAUUAGAUGAAAUAUUAAAAUUUCAGUUAAAAAUAAAUGCGAGUGGCAUUUCUUCAGUAAGGACAGGCAGUUUGAUUGAAAUUCAGCCCACCAUAAGCAUUGUAAUUGCAAUAUCUGAAUUAUAAUAGUUUUCCAUGAACAUACAUUUAUAAGCAGAAAUAUUUUUUAUAUAUCCACAUAUACACAUAAACAUUUAUAGAUACAUACUUACAUACUCCAGCUGAAACGAUAUCACUGUGCAUUUACCCUGUUAUGAGGACAAACUUGACAGAUUCUGUGGAAAACAUUAUUUUGCUGCAUUGUAUUGGUACAUGUUCAUUUUUUUCAAUCCUUUUAAACUAAAUUAUUGUAAGAAAGAUAUUUUCAUCAGGUGAUCUUGCCUGUUAACAUUUUCAUUUGUCAUUUUUACCAUGUCUCAGUGUAUGCUUUGUUGUAAACAAUAAGAUUUAGAGGCUAGUGGAUUUGUCUUACAGCUGACUCUUUAUUACAAAAGGACAUUGUAUGUGGAAAUAGGGGAAUAUAAGCUUGUAGAAUGGUAAUAAUAAAAGUGUAUGCCUAUUCGCAGAUUAGAUAACUCUGAUAAACUCUGAUAAACCAAAUGUGAUGUAAACACGGACUGUUUUUGUGUUAUCUGUUGUGCAGUUUCUUGUAAGACGGCACAAACAAAAGUCCCACAUUGGAAGAUGGAAGUGCAAGACCAGGAGUCCCUUGGAAGAUGGGAUGGGUUGGGAAGCCGUGAUGCUACCACCAGAAAUGAAGCCAUGGAGAACAUCUGCCAGGAGGUCAUGAGGAAAGUGGAAGCCAUCAAGCCCAUGGCACCAACAUCACCACCUGCCUCAGGAAGCCCCCCCAACAGUGACCUGAAUGACAUCCUGGCUCACCUUCUCAUGCUCUCCAAACGGUGUCCCUUUGAGGAUGUCAGGGAAAGAUGCCUUCGACUCUUGCAGGCCGUCCAGGUAGGAGAUUCUUUUAGUGAGAUCCCAGAGUGUGAAAUUAAGCUGCACCAUGCUGUCAUAGCUCUUCUCUGGUGCUUAUGGUUUUGUUCUGCUGCCAUCUGCCUCUCUCUUCACCUCUUCAUAAGCAUUGCAAACAACGUGGUUGAGUAGUAACAUUAGUCGUCAGCACCCACUGCAUGUUUUGCCAAGUGGAUUACAUUCGGAGGCACGAUGGACUUGUUAACACUUAAACACUACAAGUUCUAGGGUUUAACAAUGCAGCACUUAAACCUUAUGAAUACAUGCAGGGAGAAGAGCAAGAGCUUAUAAUGUUCUCAUAUACAGAAAACAGGCUCUUCAAUACAACAUGUAAUUAUUUUAUCAUCAAAAUUAUACUUCUGCAAAACAUUACUUUAGCUUCAAGCCUACAACAUGAUAACAGUCAUGGUGAAAAGAUUUUAGUAAAGGUAAGUGAAAGAAAUUAAACACAUAAAGCUUUAGAAAAAACAUAUAGGAAAUUUAAGCCUGAAAACAGCAAGUUAUGAAAAUACAGUCCGUUAAGAUCUCAAACCUUUGAAGAACUUUUGCUUUGUGUCACUUUCUGGCCUCUUGAUCAAAAUUGUCUUUUCUUACCUUGUCUUUUACAUGCUAAAGUAGAGUCCUUUGAGAAAAUCUCAUCCUGCUGACUUUUGACAAUUAGAUAAUGUAAAUACUUAAUGUGUAAAUUGUUUCCUUAGCUUUUUAGCUGGCACCUACCCCCUCAUGUAGGCUUUUUGACAUCGAAAUUAAUAAUAUGCAAAUCGUCAUUCAUGUCACCAGUGUUUUUGUGUGUUUUAAACAUCAUAAAAAGGCAUCAAUAGGAAUUUCAUUCUAUUUCGUAGAUACUAAAAACUCCCCAUAGUAGCUUUAAUCACAUAUAGGCUCACUUAACCCAUGAUUACUGAAACCUCACAUGGUUCAAUUUUCAAAUGGAUCAAAGACAGAAAAAAGAUUAUGAUUAUUAUUAGUUUGAACAUCCUUAUUAGGGGGAAAUUCAUAAUUUAUAGUGAUAUAGUGACUGUACAACAACAGUAGUACAAUGACAGAAUAAACCUAGUCAAACAUGGUUUUCCAAAAUUGAACAUAAAUCACAUUGUUACAGUUAUUAUAUAUGUGUGUGUCUAAUGCUAAGACCAAGGUAAAGCACAGUUUGAAAAGUCAAUAUAAAUGCUACAAUGGAUGUUCAGUAUUCAGCAUAUAUUCAACGUGCAACAAGGGGUCUAUUCUGACUAUGAACAGAAACUUAGAUUUUACCUCAUGACUUUAGAGUUGUGUGUGUUUUUUUCUAAAUCAUUCCCACAAAAGGUUUUAUUCAUUACCACAUGGUGAGUCAUGCUCAUAAAAACAUCCAUCCACACUUCACCCAUGUGGGUAUCCUCACACACACACAAGACAUGUUUACUGAAAAUACUCUGUAAAGCUCUCCAUCUUCACACCCAGUGUAACCAUAAUAUUUUUCAGUGUUGCAUUAAACUCAAUGGGUGUUUUCGAUCACUUUAUGCGGGUAUAUGCUUGUUUUUGCAUGAUGGUCGGUCCUUAAUGAGAUAAGUGGGGAUAAGAUAUUGCAAAGAAUGACAGAUACAACACCAUCAAUUGUCUGGUUCAUCUGCUGACAUAAUAUCUCAUUGCUGAAUUAAUGCAAUCACAUAUGAUCCAUAUUCUAUAUUAUUUUAUUAUAGUUAUUAUCUUUUAGUAUAGUUUUGAUUAUUACAGAUAUGGUGUAGUGUUAUUUAAAUUCAGGUUGCAGUAUGUUUCUGAAUUUGCUUAAGGUUGUGUUAAUUUUCCUUCAAAACAAGUCUUCCUUUUUAACUCUGAACACAAUGAUAAAAGCCUAAAGGAGUAGAAUUAAGAUUAAUUUGAUCAAUUAAUGUUUUUUUGUUGAUUAUAUUCUGGCAGUUAGAUUUCUCAAUGUUGAUUUACAGAGAACACAAUAUUGGCUCUCUCCCUGCUGUAGUGCCGGUGUAAGUUGUAGUGUGUUCCUCUUAAUGAGGCCUCUAGUAAUAAACAAAACUAAUCCUGGCAACUCCUGGUGGCCUGACUUGUUGUUAUUCUGAGGUAAUAUUUAGUUUGGCUAUGGCAUUAAAUCCUGUCUGUGCUGAAGUGUUUUGGGGAAGAUGGACGAGAGAGGUUGAGAGAGAGGGAGGGAGAUGAGAGAGGGAGAAAGCUGCUUUGUGGAUUUAACAGUGAACCACAGAACACACCGUCUGGUAUUUUUGAAUUAUGCUAAGCUGCAUUUGCCGUAGGCUUGGCGUAGGGUACAUUUAUGAGCCCGGUGUGGCAGCUCAUAUUCGCUCUGGACCCGUGGCUGAGAAUUCCCUGAAUCAACACACACAAACACACACAUACACACAUGCACACCUUUCUUAUACGGUCAGGGAUGUGGAGGGGAUGAGGGAGGGGGUCUCCGGCUCAGACAGACCUCUAAUUCCAGCAGAUCCGCUGAUUAAAGACAAAAUCUUUGAAAGCACAGACAGCCCUUUCCUCAUGGCGACCCCCACUUUUCUAGAAGAGGACAGCCUACUUCUUUGUGCCAGUGACAUCCCUGACUACACUCACAGCUUGCAACAUUUGAUGUAUUUUGUUCACCAGCGUGUUUUUCCUCAGUAUAACUUCCUCUAUAAUAUCACCUGAUAAAGUAAAACUAAGAUCAUUAGAAAGGGUAGCCAAUUUCUUUGUUUGUUGGAAGGCUUUGGUGUGCAAAAAUCGUACUUCCAAAUUCUGUGCAAAUGGUACAGAGUGGUGGUAAAGAAGCUCUAACAGUGUUUGCGUUACUAGUUAACUAAUAUUAAAGUAACACUAUUUUUCUUUGGUUGUUAUUGUUAGUAGUGAGAGAGUAGGGUAGACAUUGGUUGAUGUGUAAUGUCUUUCUUAAAAAAAUGAUAAAAUGCAAUAAUUAAAUAAUACUGUAGUACUGUAAUAACUGUUGAUAGAAAAAUGUUUGGCUCAAUAAAAUAUUGCUGCAACUUUUGGAUUUCUGUCCAGCCAUCUUAAAUGGUUAUGAAAAAAAUCUAUUAUAAUCUGAUAAACAUGGUUGUUUUAGUCUGUUAAAUGUCAACAAAAACUGUGUAAAACAUGGAUGUAGUGGGGUUUCUUUAAAGAUAUGUUUAAGCCCAAUUCCUUGUCAGAAACACAGACUCAACCUAACUUUCAAUUAACCAAGGAUCAGGCAAAGAGGUGGAGCUAAGGCAAACAGCUACAACUCAACCACCUGUCAAUCAACAAAUCAACCCUUACCAAAAAGAAGUGAAUUUAAGUGUACUUCAGGUAUAUUGUUUUUUAAACGAAGUAUGCUUUCAGUUUUCUUUUUGUGGACUUUUCAGAGAUAAACUUAACAAAGUUAAUGUUAAGUAUACAUGGCUUUUACUAAGAAUUAUACCAAAAGUCUAAAUAUAUUAAACUAUACUUAUACAUAAACUUUUGAUCAAGAUAUACUUAAGUAUGUAUUUCUGCCUUUGUUUUAAGUAUAAUUGGUCUGUGAAUACUUCCAUAUAUCUUUUUAGGAGUAUACUCUUAAAAAGAGCAGUACAAGCCAAGUAUACAGAUAUAUACUACUAUUGAAAUAAUAGCAUAACAAAAAAUAAUUUUAAUGAUGUUUCGAGUCAGCGCACAGGUAGCCAAGUGGGUUAAGGCACACCUCAUAUUAAGCACUGUGGCCCUCCGGUGGUCACAGGUUUGAUUUGUGCUGUAUGCCACUAUGUCCUACCCCCAUUGAAGUGCCCCCCCAAUAAAUAAGUUAGUUAAUAAAGGUAUGCUUCAGAGUGUACUUCUAUAAACUAAAAGGGGGACUAGAAGUUUAUUUCUAGUAAACUAAUAGUAUACCAGGAUGUUAUCUUUUAAGUAUUCUUCAAAUAUACUUAAAAAACUAAAUUGGGCCAGUUUAGUCCCAAGAAGUUUACUUGUAUAUAUACUGAUAGUGUAUUUGUAUUAGUGUAAAACGAAUACUUUGGAAAGUAUACUAAAAUUAACUCAAGUGUACUUCAUGAAAUGUACUUGAGAUAAUUUUUUGUUUUGGUAAGGGCACUCAGCAAGUACGCAAGUUGAUGUAAGACCCUGGGGGAUUUUUUAUUUUGACAGAUAUUUUCUCAUUUUUCCCCAGGUGUCAAGUCCUUGUGCUAAGCUAAUCUCACAGCCCAUGUUAUAGAUAUGGAAAAAGAGAUCAUUGUGCCCAUCUAAGACUGUGCAAGAAAGCAAACAACUUCAUAAUAUUUUACUGCGCAGGCGUCACAUUUCUGCCACCAGUGUUUUCUGGUAAUUCUAAUGCAGCUUGUAAUGAAAAUGACAGCUCACUGUGCUGUAAUAUGCAAUACUUAUGUCGCCUCACUUGCCUUUUUCCUACAAUCUAAGCCAAUGCUAGUUUUUCACAGCACCCUGUGAAUAUGCAGGACAAGUUGUGGUCGGACUCUGAUGUUUGCUGUUAUUUUUUCCCCCCAACACUGCUGAGUACCAGAGGUCAAAGGUUACAGGGUCACAGCUGAAAAUAGGGUUCUGUGUAAGCAGGGAGGGGUCAGGUUCCCUUAAGCCGUUCAUGUGCAAGGGUCAGUUGGGGUGAACGUAUGAGGGUCAAAACCGGUUAAGAGUGCAAUCCUGCGAGUAUUGUCAACACACACAGAUGCUGUUAGAGGGUCAGGUUGUCAGAGGCUCUGUCCUGAACUUUAUCGAUCUAAUGCAUAAGAAAACACAGGGAAGACUGCAUGCAGACACCCUCACAUGUGCACACAAAUCAAGAGGGACAAUAGUGAGUGUUUGUUCUGAGUCUGUGAAGGGGGUGGGCAGACUCCAUCGACCCGCUCUUUCUCUGCUCACCAUGUUCCCUGGCUGGAUGAAAGAGGUCCAGUCUUGGGCUGCUGGACAGAGACAGAGAGGGGUUUCUUCAUGUUAUGUAAUUGCAGCAUUGUGUUAGCCCUCUACCCCAUACUUGAAUAAGGAAAUGAUCAACCUGUUCCUGUGAUGCAAACUGCUCAGAUUCCAAAGACAAAGUCCACAUGUACAGCCUAGAGUGAAAAGAUGAAGUCGAGUACUUACAGAAAAUACCAAAUGGACUUAGUGUCUCUUUGAAUUUGUCCAAUUCUGAAUGCAAACAGUCUAUGAGCUAUGCAGAGUAAUCCCUUUAAAUUCUUUUUUUUUAAGUGAACAAGGAUGUAGCUUAAUCACCUUGUUAGGAGAAUUACAGCUCAUUCCAACAAAAAGCAUCUAUUUUUGAAAGACCUGAUACAUGAUUCAGCAGUUUACAGAAGCACAUAGCCCUAAUGUGGGCCUUUAUGUUUCAUUAUCAAUAGUAAUCAAGUCACAAAGCAGUUUUUCUGUGAGAUGAAUACCCACCCGGUUUUUAACAUCAUUUACUUAGAUUUUAAAGAUUUUUUUUUAGAAUCUUAAAGGAACUCUUCAUCCAUAAGAAUAGAAAAGAUGUUCAUUAUGCAGUAAAAUAAAGACCUUUUUAACCCAAUGUUGUCUAAUGUGUGACCCCAUGUAAAGCUUAAUAUUAUCCCCUUAAAAGGAUAUUCCAGAGUAAAUUUAGGGUCAAACAUACUGUAACACCGAGUUAUACAUCCCCUCUGGAGAGAUGAAUGUUGCCGACUGCUUGCUUCUCUAGUUAUACCAACUUUAGUAACGACCGCAGGAUAGUAAUACACAGCAGUCUACGUCUACACUCACAAACCUCAACCAAAAAGCCACUCUAUAGCCACAAGUAAUGCUAAGAACAGCACCUAACUUAAUCAACAGUACAUGUAGGAUCCUAGCCAUAGUGCUAGCCACCAAACAUCUUUUUAGCUUUGCCUGGUUUCUUCAGCAAAGAGACCAAACACAACAUGCCCAUGGUGUGUUUGACCCAAAGGUUGCUUUCACACCUGACCAAGCGGACUCGGUUCGAUCGGGGAGCUGAAAGUCGCAACAUUGUUGCAUUUAUCACUUGUUUCGGUUCUGCUUUCACACUGUGAUUUCUAAGGCGCACCGAACUUUCCGAGCACCAUCACGUGGUUGAAAGGGGUGCUUGUCAAAGUAGGAGGGGUAUGUAAUCGCAAGGAUUACAAACAAGGGUGGACUAGCCGUCUUGUGUUGUGCUUUGUCACAUUAUUUUAUGGAAUGCUACAACAUUAGUCAAAUGCAACUGUUCCUAUAAUGCUAUCGUAGCUUGUCAGGGAUUGAUCCUGUUAUUUUUCUAACUUUGACGAUCUAACAUGUGACGACAUAUGAGCUCAGAGUUUAAGGACUGUAACUGUUGGUAGUUGUGAUUUGAUUUUGUUUAAAUAUGCCAAAUUGUGAAUUUAUGGGUUAUUGUUGUUCAGACAAUUGAGCUAAGCUAGCUAGCAACUGCUAAUGUCAGCUGUCACUUGUUGCCAUGGCAACAAGGGACGCCGUGCUUCCUCUACCCAAGAUGCACUGCGUAUAACGUCAUUACGUACCUUUGGUCCUGUGUUUAGUCCGGUGAGCUUUCACACUAUCCUGGCUGGGCCAUCCUGUUGCGUGAAUCACUUGCCGUUCCUUCCCACAACUUUGCAAAGUCGGCAGAAGUCAACUGCAGAAUUAACGGCGUUCUGAAUGAACGGCGCUUUGAAAAGUCCCGCAGCAUGUGUUAGACCUCACCAUCUACACAUGGACCAAUCAGGGGCUGCCUUUCCCUGUUGUGCGGGGAACAGUGGAAACACAGUCACUGAUUGGCCCAGUUAUUUUCUGAUUGCUAAUACACGCUCCCGAUUGGCCGAAGUCCAGACUGUUGUGGGAAGGAACGGCAAGUGAUUCAUGCAACAGGAUGGCCCAGCCAGGUUACUUUUAAUGCACUUAUUUUUUUGCAGGUCUUACUGCUUAAAAGAGCCACAUUUUCAUUGAGUGUCUUUACAAACUAUCAGUUUUUCAACCUGAAGUGAAACUCCUGAUGAGCUGGUGGCUCAUGUUUCUGCUGCUCCUCAUUCUUACACGUGCUUAUUAAGCUAGUUAUGGAUCUUUAGGAUGAUUUAGCAGCUUCUUUAAUAAACACAUAUGUGUGAUUAAUUAAGUCAAAAGGCUUAGUGCAUCUGGCCUCCACCUAGAAUGACCCAGAACACACCUCUGUGUCAGCAUGGAAAGCUUGGGAGUGUCUCCAGAACCUUGGGGAUGACAUCACAUAUUGAUCAUGUUGCUUAUUCAUCAAUGACUCAUUCAUGGCGCUUACACAUGUGCUCAGCAUUAAUCAAUGUCCUCUUAUGAGGGCAACAAAUAUAUACAACGUUUGCAAGAUGUGCUACAUGACAAUAAAAUAAUGUGUAAAUAAGACAAACAUAAAGGAAAGACAAAUGCUAAAUUAGCUAAACAGUUGAAAAAAUUGUAUAAAUUGCAUUAUAUUUUAUUGCAAUACUCAAUGUAUUGCAAAAUGUUAAAAAUCACAAUAAUGUCAUAUUGUGGCCCAAGUAUUGCGAUAACAUCGUAUCGUGGGGCAACUAGUGAUUCCCACCCCUAUCCAAUACCUGAAAAAGAGACUGAAACCCUGUGUGUCAUCCACCUCCUCUUGUAUGAAAUCAUCAUCCAGCCACCAGAGGGAACAAAGUGUGGUGAUACUAUCUAAACAGACUCAACUUGUUGACCUUGAAAAUUAACUUGGAUAAACGCAAUAUUGAUUUUCUGUGUGCAGAUUCGAAGUCCAGUUGUAAACCUUGACAACAGGAGAGAGUUGUUGGAAGGAUUGUUUUUACAGCUGUGACAGAAAGACGUCAUUCAGGUCAUUUUUGUUUGCAUAAAUGUGUGUGUGUACCUGUACCUGGUCACUUCUUUGUGAGUGCACUGGAUGUGUGUGAAUGUUUGUUUGCAUGCAUGCCUCCAGUCUUCUCUGGGCUGCUGCUGCUUACUGUGUAAAUAGAGGGAGGACCCAUGGGGUGAGCAAGAGGGUGAAAGAGAGAGAACCCUGUGGUCUGGACAGAUCUGCUGGAUUACGGGCAAUCUCUGCUUGAUCCAGGUCAGACAAAUUGCAAACUGAGGGGGGAGAGAAAGCAGCAACAGCAGCAGCAGGCGGUGACCUCUGGCACAGUGACUGUACAGUGAAUUGCUCGCUCCAUGGCUAUGGAGGAAGUGAUAGAGGAAUAAAGCUGUGGAUUUACAGCUGCUAACCAGCUGGGCAGAUUGAUGGGACAAUGUGGACAGGAACUUGGGUAGAUGGGGUGGCUGAUGUGUGUGCUCUGCCAGUGUGUCUCUGUAUAGUCUAUAGGAUCUUAAAUCUUUCAAAGCAAUACAAAGAGCUAUGUUGCAAUCACAUUGUGGACACUUACAGCUUGUCUGCACUACCAAGGCCUCUUAAGAUGAGAUUUCUUUUUGCUUCUUCUGGUAAUGGAGAUAUCGGGGGUAGACAUUUAAAAAAAAAAAAAACUGUUUAUUUGCACUUAUACUGUUAAUUUUCAGAUUUGUAGUGCAGUUUAUUGCAAUGACAAGAUAAACUGAUAAAACUUAACUAAUUAAGAAUUCCCUUUGGAAAUUUCAAUCAAAGAAUACAAGUAAUAGUUGAUCCUUUCAGACAUUUUUUCAAGUUGUUUUUUUUGCUUUGUCAGGACAGAGAAGAGAGAUAGAACGUGUCUGUCUCUCAGAGAGUGGGGGGUAGUGGGGGGUAGCAAAGGGUCCCAGCUAGGUGUUUGAACCAGUGACUGGUGUGACGAGGACUGCAGUAUAGCCUCUAUGGGAGGUGAGCUUUGACUGUUUAGCAAAAUUGCCGCCCAAUUUCAGUCAUCUAAAAAAAAUCACAAUCAUGAUGUAGUUUCAGCGUUAUUGUGAGAGUGUAAUACUUUUUAUUGAUCCAUAUUAUGAACUGUCUGUGUUCUGUUAUGACAUGGCAAAUUGAAAGGGAUAUUCCAGCGCAAAUUUUGGUCAAACACACUGUUACACUGAGUUAGACACUCCCUAGAGAGAUGAAUGUUGCCAACUGCUUGUUUCUCUAGUCAUACCACCUUCAGCAACGACCGUACGAUAGCAAUACACAGCGGUCUACGUCUACACUCGCAAACCUCAACCAAAAAGCCACUCUAUAGCCACAAAUAAUGCUCAGAACAGCACUAACUUCAUCAACUGUACAUAUAGGGUCUCAGCCAUAGUACUAGCCAUCAAACAUCUUUUUAGCUUUGCCUGAUUUUUUUUGGCAAAGAGACUAAACACAACUCACCUAUUCUCUUCCAGCAGCCGCUUGUUUGUGGGGGAGCCCUGAUGAGUUGAUCACCAAGUGCAGCGGAUCAUUUCCACGAAGUAAUAAUCAUCAUGAUUAUCAGACGCGGUAGUUCUUCUGCCUUAGAAUCUCAGUCUGAUUGCAUUUCCAUGAAGUAAUGAUCAUAAAUGUUCUUCCUUGAGCUGCGAAACUCUGCUGCACUUGGUGAUCGACUCGUCAGGGCUCCAUAACUUAAAUUUACACCGGAAUAUCCCUUUAAGUCUAUAUCCUGUAUUCUUGAAAGCUGUGUUUGACAGUUAUUGGUGAAAAUCCCCUGAAAGAAACAUAUUCCAGCUUAUUAGGUCCACUUACGCCAGAUCAGAAUAAUUGCUCGAUAUAAAAAGGUUCUUCACUGUCUGAGAGACUGUGUGAGUAAAUAGUCCAACAUCGUCAAAAUAAUGUUCUGUUGUAUAAAAGUUAAAACACUUUUUUAUCAUCUACAUUACAUACUAUUGCUAAAAGAUUCAGAGCACUUUAGGAAAUGUCUUUACAAAGGAACAAGGCUGAAAACCAAAUCUUUGGACCCUCAGACAGGGUUGUUAAAAACACGCAUGAUUCUGUAUUGGAAAUCACUGCAUGGGCUCGAAAUCACUUACAAAACCCACGGUCUGUGAGCAGAUUUCAGUUAAAACUGUACCAUGCAAAGAGGAAACCUCUCUGAAAAACAAUCCACACAGUGCCUGAAAUAUGAUUUUACCUGGGCUUGUCAGGUGCAUGUGACUAAUAUUAAGUGUGAAAAGAUACUACUUGACCAAAUUUAGACAAAUAGACCCAGUCAGAUUUGAGCUUUUGCAGUAUGACACUGCAUUUUUAAACCAUAACCAUAAUCAUAUAACCAUAAUCUCUCAUUGAUUGUACGGGGAAAUAACUGAACAAAAGCCUAAGGUUUCGUAGAGUAUCAAGACUUUCUUUGGCACCAAAUAACUAGUUUGCCUGGAAAAUAUAACAGACCAUUUUUUACAUGCUAUGAGAACACACUAACCCACAUGCUCCCACUUUGAUCCUGCGGCACAGACAGACCCCCACCUUCCACCCAGAGCAGCAUGCUGUCGACUGCAGACUGGGAAAGACUAGAGAGCAGGGGGGGGGGCAUGUGGGAAGUGUGCAACUAGGUCACUGUCAAUCCUGUCAUAAGCUUGAAUAAAUGAUAAAAAUGCACCCAAUUCUGUUUUUAGUCAAUAUGAAGCACGUGAAAAUAUCUCUCACAUAUUUCCGGUGAGAAGAGCACAAAGAGGGAGAAAGAUCAUUUCAGGGAGAAAGUGUACCAGUGAAACAUGUAACGGCUGAUUUAUCCUGGCACUGAGGGAGAGAUUGGCGAGCACUGGGUAUGAGCUUUUGUUGAGCCUCAGCAGUCGUCAUGGUACCAGUGGCAUGAGGUGCGCAUGAUGGGGUGGGUAACUUGGGGGGUGGAAGGGUUGCUGGCUUGUCUGUGAUUAUUUCGAGCAGUGCUAUUCAGGAAUCAAGUGUGAGAGAGAUGCACACUUGGCUGUGGGGGAUCAAAGUGUUGCCAAAAAAAUAGGCUUGAACAAGAAAUAAGGGGUGAAGCUGGGAUAGGAUUGGAAAUAUAGGUAGUUGUGGAUGAAAUGGGUGAAAUUGAGGCAAGAAGAGGGUAAACGCUGCUUUUAUUUGUAUGCAGUCAGCAACCUUCAGUGGAAAACUACCAGCACCCCGAUCUAGGAGCCCCGCUUUCAAGAACCUUGAGACCACUCAGCUUGCAGCCUCAAUAAUUUCUUCACGUAUUCCAAAAUCACAGAAAAGCCUCAAACAAAUAUAAAACUCAUCAGAAUACCCACAUUUGUUCAGUAACACUUUGUCAUCUGAUUCCCAAUCCAGUCUCCCUGCUUCACAGUUGUCUCUCUCCUCACCAGCACACUGUUCAAGGCUCAGCUUGUCUCACCCACACACUCCGAGACUGUUAAAGACAGAGCAGGCGGCGGAGGAGGGAGGCAGGGAGGGUUAUUGGAAGGAGGAAGAGAGGGAGGGGGCGUGGUGCUGGACAACAGCAACAAAGUGCUGCAGCAGGAGGUGGGAGAGGAAUAACAAACACUUUAAAGGGAAGAAACACACACACUGGAAAAGGAGGCAUGUGAAUAAAAGAGCUGCCUGGUGGGCUCUGGCUAUCAUCAGUGAGUGUAUGAGAAUAAUAGCAGCCAUGUUCUCCUGCUGUGCAUGCGUGUUUCAGUCUCAGGCUGACUCCAUCAGGAGGUUAAGAAUAGAGAUAUGACGAUCACAUGGGGCUGUUGAAUCCAAAACCCUCACUCCCUCUCUUUCUUACUCUUUCUCAUUAACAUCAUGUGAUAUUUAUAACUUGCAUAUAGGAGCAAACUUUACAAAUUAUUCAUGAGGACGAGAAAGCUCUCUGUGUUACAUCAUUAGCGCCUGCUCUCAUUUUUUCCCUGCAUGUCUCACUCAAAUUUGUUCUUAUCUCUUUUAACUAUGGGUUUAUUUAUAAGAAAUGGUGUACUUGUAACAGCUGUCAGUCUUUUUAAAUAAGAGCCUCAAUGUCAAAGUUAACAGAGGUGGAAGUUGAGCCCUUUCAAAGAAGACAUUAAGUUUCUCACAACAUGAAAAGGAAAAUCGUAAGCAUAAUCAAUAACAUUAAAAAUAGAAAUCCAUUCAGGUGCUUCAUUUCUAGGAGCCAGUUGACUGACUGGCGUGGUUUACUUGGACUCUAACAGAAAGGAGCCAUUAAACAUAUUAAUUGCUCUUGUGCACUUCAGUACACCGGCUGAGGAGGGUUAUUUUGGGUCCGUGGUCAGGUGACUUCAUAACAUCAUCUUCUGCCAGAAGACCUUAUCUUUCAAUCAGAGGUUGGGGUGGCAGCAUAACUCGUGAUACAUACCUGGUACAUGGGUCAUGACAACAAUGAUAUCCUAAUACAAUGGUUGAAAGAUUGCCAGACAAUCUUGCCAUGUAUUAUUCUUAAGCUAGAAGAUGGAUAUUUGGCACCACCUUUACAAUAGGACUAGAUAUAGAGUAUAUCUUGUCCUGUAGAUGGGUCAGUUUGUUCCAUGACUGUCACCUUUUGAUUUAACCAGUCAGCAUACCAGUAGUUGGACUUCUUACAAAGUGGCAGUACUCAUUUCUGUCCUAUACAUAUUAAGGUUUCUCGUGCUGAAACAUUAUUCAUAUUGGUGCAUUAUGUGACACUGCUGUCCUUUCAUGGAUGGUACAUGAUGCCCACAUGUCUGUUUCUGCCAGUGACAUAUCAGCCACUUUUUGAAGUAGCUUUUUCAAUGAAUAUAUUUUGGAGAAAUUAGCAUGUUUUUCAGGUAACUUUAACUGACAGUAGACAUUUAAAAUGUUGCACAAAUUAUUUACUGAUGCUGGGCACAUGGUACACAGUCAAAUUAAAUAAGACAAAAGUAUUUUUCCAUGUCAAGCACUGAUUGUAUCACAAAAGUUAGGAAAAUGAUGUAUUGGUAUUUUGUCCCAUCUCUCUACAAAAGCAUGGGUGCAGUAAAGGCUGGCUUCAUUGCUGGGUUAACAAGUACACUUAAAUAGGACAGGCAGAGACUUUAUAAACUUUAUUAGUAGUACCUGCACUUUCUCAUCAUGACUACUCCAAGUGUCUGGAAGCUUAAUGUCAUGUAUAUUUUGAAAGGCAUACUUUUCGUUAUGAAUGUACCGGAACAGUUCAAUGUGUUAUAUAUUUUCCUCAUUAAAUCUGUCUGAACACCAUCUUCUCACUGUCUGUCCAUUGUGGUUCAGAUUAGGGAUAACACAAGGUGAUCACAGUGUUGAUACAGACUGUAGCUCCAACAUCUUCAUUAUCAAUUCAUAUACUGCCUAUUUUUACGAAAUACUUAUGGGAUGAUCCAAAGUAACUACCUAAUUUCUUAAGGCUCCUGUGGGAAACUUUUGGUAAAUAUCAAUUUCUGUGCCCCCCCCUACAGACAGAGCAGACUUUGCUUAUCUUGUCCUUUGUAUACUUGAGAAACAAUCUUAUCUUGCUGUCAUAUAACAGUGAAUUUAUCAUUUCUUUUGAAUGUUUGUUGUGUAAACUAUAAGAAACAGCUGUUCUUGCAACUGUGCUUGGCUGGCUUCUGACUCCUCAUAACCAUUUCAGGCAUUUGAGACUAGGGUAUAAAAACCGUCAAGCAUUUUAAUGAUUGUCUUGUUUGCUUUUAGAUAUGAUAAGACAUCAAUCUGAAUUGAAGCCUAUUUCAGACAUUAAAAAAAUCCCAUACGAGCUUUAAACAGUGAUUUAAUACAACAUAACUUUCUUAGUCUAUAUGUAAAAUGAAACUCAGAAAAAGGAUACAAAUUGGACGCCAUUUAUAAAGGCCACAGUGUUUGCAUCACUAGAUUCAGUCCUCUACAUGCCCAUGCUAGCCAUACAUUGCUCCGUUUUUUUAAUGCCAUUUUUACCAGAGAGAGGCUAAAUAUAUUUUUAUCUGCAUUUUCCAAAUUAAAAUACUGACAGUGAGCCACACCAUGAGAUCUGUACUUGUUUACAUCCAGGUAGUAGAGCAUUAGCAUUAAUAGCAGAAGCUAUAGCCCAAAGCUAUAGCCCAAAGCUACAAACCCAGACCAGUUACAGACUUGGACACAAUACAAAGGAUGCAUGUCUGUCCCAAAGUAAUGAGAUAAUUCUCUUAACCAGCUCGUAACUCUGCAUGGUGCCAACUAGUGAGUGUGAUAAUCAGUUGACUGUCCAAAAGAUGUGAAAAUUGACGGCCCUAAAAUCUGAGAGGCAAAGGCAACAACAUAAAGUGUUAAGGUUAAAGUUUCUAAUAACAAUGCAUUGUUUUAAAUUGACUUAUUUUUGCAUCUCUAAAUGUCUCAUGUGAACAUCCAUCUGAAAGCCCCGUCUUUCUCUCUCAACAGCAGCAUCUGUCUUUGGCUUUUGCUGUCAAUGGAGUAAAUGUGCCACGUGACCCCCCUCUCAACCUUAAGGCAGCAGUUUAUGUGAUGCUAUACAACAAGGAAUACUCAAGGCACUUUUUUUGCACAGAUAGAAAUAUAAACACCAUUAGUUUUUCAGUAUUUUCCCCCCAAAAUAAACACAUAAAAUCUUUGCUGACAGUUGACUUGUCGUUGAAAAUCAGCAGGGGACUAUUUGGCUGUUUUCCUGGGAGAGGUUAAAAACUGAUUUCUUUAUUAUAGACUAUCUCGUUCCUAUUGUGUAAACUAGAUAGGACUUUUUAGUAGUGUGAGUGCAUUCCUGUGAUCUCAUGUGUUUCUAUAGGCUUUGGGUAUCCUUACAUAUAACUUCAACACUCACACACAAAUGUCCAGUCCAACAAAACUAAUCCCCCAGCUUCACAAGUGACUGCAGACAGGCCUACUUCCCUCGUACACUUGGUCUCCUGCUCUCACCCACUUUCAUCCAUCGACUUGCAUGUCAUCUUUUCAGGAUUAAUUUAAUUGAAUUCAUAAAUUAAUGAUAGGAGUUAUUGUCCAGCUGUAAAAAAAUCGAUACAUGCCUUUUAUCUUCCAGUCUCUCACUCUUUCAUGCUGCGCCUUGUUCAUGAUGAAACAGAAUGGCCCAUUGAGUGGUGUUAUCGCUCACGGAGAUUAUGGGAUAUCAGAGGCAGCUGCAGUUCUGUUGAGUGGACACAGGAGGGCGCUCUGUACCAGUGUGUCACCUCCUUUGGCUCCCCUGUCAAGUUGCUGGAUGGGAAUUUUCCAUGCACCCGGCUGAAUUCAUGCAAUUCUGCACAUGAUUUUAAUUUUUUCCUUUUGCCCUGGUCACUGGGCGUUCAUCCAGCACGUUUGUGUGUGUGCGUGUGUCUGUGCGUGCGUGUGUGUGUUAAUGUGGGUCUGUAUGUGUGUUGAUCUGUCUGCCUUUGAAUCUGUGUGUGUGUGUGUGUCUGUGUUUACAUGUCUUGAGAGAUUUAUGGCUGUGAGCAUGCAGAAUUUAGAGGCAUCUGCGGAUCAGGUCACACAGCAUGAAUAGCCCUGGUGGCUGCAGUCCAGACCCCGGUCUGAGGUAGCCCCUAUUAGGAUACAAACCACACAGGCUCAACAGCCGGCUUAACCAGCUGGAAUACACAAACACAAUAUUAGGGACACACAGUCCACAUCAGAUUAGGAAAUAUUGUGCAACUAUUGAUGUGAUGAUCAGUGGGAGUUCAGGUGAAAAACCAGAAGCUUUUCUUAGUUUUGAUGAUCAGUUAGUUGUUUAAGUAAGCUGAUUUAUUUAUUUAUUUUAGCUCUAUCUGAAAAAAGUCAAUAUUGGCAAAUUGUCAAGUGAUAGUCCACUUGAAACUGAUUUUGUACCACUGACUGAAUAAGAUAAACUCUUUGGAGGCUGUAUUUUAAAGCUGCCGUAGGGAGUUUUUAAGUUGUUGUACAAUAGCUAAAAUGAAUAAUAAUGCUUCCUAAUGCUCUACAAAAGCAAAGAAGACUACUAGCAACAUGAUUUAUCAUUUCUAUCUAGUCUUUUUUAAUCCCUGUCACCACUGACAGUGGGUAAGUGUUAUUUUUCCUUCAUACAGCAAUUAUCAGCAAUGUUUGAAACAUUUUAAACAUGUCCAAAAAUUUCACUCUAAGCCAGAAUUAGUUUAUCAUUUUAUCUUUGAACAACAAAACAACAUUUUCUUAGAGCUGAAUAUUGACAAUUAGCUUAAAUGUUACACAUUUGGGGUAAAAAACUGAGGUUUUGAUGGACAAACAUGCAGUGUUACACACACACAGUAGUCACUUCAGAAGUGCGCCUCAUUCAUUCAGGACCCCACACUUUGAGACUUGAACUUCGCUGUGUCAGCACCUGAUGGAUCGUUUCCCAUUGCAGCCAUUGUGUGUCUCUGCUCACCCAGUGCUGUUGCUUCAAGCUGUGCCCACUGCCAUGUUGGCUCAGUCCGGCUGUGGUGUUGUUUCUGCGUGUGUGGUAUUGUUACAGGCCUAGUAUGCAGCGAUGGAGGGUAUUGUGCUCUCCUCUCAUGGGUAUUGUCCUGAGCUGAUGUAUGUGUGCUUGUUUAUGUUACAGGCCAGUUUGUCAGGACGGUGACAGUUUCACGCUGCGAGACCUCUGCGUUCCCACAGUCGUUCACCUCUGACCCCGGCUCUUUUGCUGGCUGGAGUGUGAGUGAGUGAGUGAGUGUGUGUGUGUGUGUGUGUGUGUGUGGUUGAGACACGGAAGGAGAGCAUGUCUGCAUCUGAGAUUGACAUGCAGUGUUAGUUAAAAAAACUGCAGAAGUGGUUUUGCUUCAGAGUGUUUACUCAGGGGCAGUCAUCACGGAGAGCACUGCGUCUGCUUGAAACCAGACACACACAUUGUUUUUUUUUUUUUUUAACACUGUGUUGUUGCACACAAAAAUGUACAUGGGUGCCGAAAAAGUUUUAACACUAUGUUGCUUUUUGUUGUUUUCUGAGUCAACAUGUAGCUUCAAUUUAAGACUCUGUAUAUCAACAUUAUUUAUUUAUUUAUUCUUCUUUUCUGUACAUACUGAUACUGCUGGAAUUUUAAUUUCCAAGAAGAACCAAUCAAAUUCUUUCUAAUCUAAUCUAGUUCAUAGAUACACUUUAAUACAUAGAUUUUUUUUUGUGUAAAAGAUGGAGCAUUUAACCCUUAGGACCUCCUGUGUACAUUUUUUGUUCUUUCAGAUGGGUUUUUCUGCGUCAUUUUGGAAAGGAGGGCCUGAAGGCUACAGAAUUUGCUUUUAAAGUAAAAGCAGCAUACUUAGUUCAGCCAUGCUAAGGUUACUGACUUGUCAAAAAUAAUGUGCAGCUUUGCAAUAGAAAUACUAAUUUCUUAGUAUUCAUUAACUGCACUUCAGGCCAGUACUUGCAACUUGAUUCUUGGAAACAAAACAAAACAACAACAACUAUGUUUCAGGAUGAUGUUCCCUCCUGCUUAGCACCUUCAGGAUGAUCCUCCACUGUAUUUAUGUUUCACAUGAUCACAUUGAUGGUAUUUAUGUAUUGAUGUUGCUGCCAGCUGCCAUAAAACCUUCAGUCUUGUAGGUGUAACCAGAUAGUGUGCCAAAAUUCCUCUGAUGAUAUUGAUCCUCCUCACAUGCCAACCAGACUGUAGUCCCCUGAGGACAUAUAGCUGCCUGACAAGGUUGACAGAGAGUGGCUGGACGAUAUAUACUUGACCAGAUAACUUAUAAUGUCACGUGCAGUGAGGUUUAAAUAAAGAUAUAGAACAAAAAAAAUGGCUGAGGCAUUCAUUGCUCUUUGGUGUUUAGAUCUUUCCCUGGGAAAUAUAUAUACAGUAUAUAUAUCAGAAACAUAAACUUUAAACUGGUUGGUACUAAAGAUACAGUCGUAAAACAAAGAACAUAAGUAAAUUUUAUGAUAACGUUAUAACAGUUUUGUAGUUUUACUACUAACCCUGUUCAUUUUAUUGUGAUCAUUGUAAAAAUUUGUAAGGCCAAACACAGAAUGGUGACGUGCACAGGAUAAACACUGAUAUCUUGUUUAAAAGUUAAUUAUGGCUCAUAAAAAUAUUUUACAAAUCUAGCAAUUAAUAAGAGUGUGAUUUUUCUUCAGCCAAGUUUCAACCUGCACUGCUGAGAAGUACAUUGACAUUUUAUUUAAAAAACUGAUUCAUUGCAUUAGUCCAUCUGAAAUUGGACCUGAAAGUCCAUGUAAACUUGAAAGUCCAACAGAAAUUGCAGCAAAUCAAACUUCUCAUAGUUGAAUUAACCUGGCCUAAGCGUUCUGCAUGAGCUCCAGAGUUUGCAUGCUGGGUUUCAAACCAGAAAUUUUAUAGAAAAAGUGUGUCGUUAGAAAACUGAGUGAUAAACAAAACCCCAACAGAAAAAGAAAAAGAUAAAGAAAUAGGGAAGGAAUUUCAUUUAAAGGUACAGGGCUGUAGAAGUGGCGGUGUUUUGAUUGCUCAGUAUACAUCCAGUUAGCAUCUAACCUAUAUGUUUGUUUUGCUACAUAAAAUGUCAACCAGAUCCACUAAGCUGAAAGAGAGUGGCGGACAUGGAAAUAGAGCCCUCAAACGAAAAUACUUCCACACAGCCGACAUCACUUCUAGUCCUUGCUACUUUGUUAGUACAUUAGUCCACACUGUUGUUGUGAUUAUGUGGGUUGCAUGUUAGAUCUGGGCGCUGCUAGAUAGAGGUGCCGGAGUGUAGUCCAAAAUGGACUGCUUACCGGAGUGCUGAUAUCUAAGAUUUUAGAUGUAGGCCGAUGUAAUCUGAUUUUCUGCUGAUAUCGGACCAAUAUCCAAUAUCAAUGUCAGAUCGGGACAUCCGUAGUUAAAUUGCACUAAGUAAUCAAUCCUGGUAUUUGAAUGACGUAGUACUACACAUGUGCAGUUAUCCAUCACUGACAAGCUCAGUCAUCUUGGAUCUCAGCCUGAGCCAUGAUCUCAUCAGCUUAUAAUUUUGUCUUUGAGCCGUUUUCACAAACUUUCAUUGUUGAUAAAUUUAGUUUGGACUGAAUUUAGUAAAAGAGCUUCCAGCCUUGCUGCCCCCUCUGCUUAGAGCACUCUGAAGAUUGAACUGAAACUCUCUGGAGGUCAUUCUACUUUGAACUUUCCGGGACCGAGGGACAGGGAGUGGGAAACUACUGAACAGUGCCUUCGUUUUAAAUCUUUAAAUUGUUGUUGUGCCGUUGUGUUACAUCUCCUGCACUUCUUAUUGAAAACACUGUUGCAUCUCUAAAAUUGAAUGUAUUAAUCUAUGCUGCCACUUUUAUGUAACUUUUUGAAUGACGUGCGGCUGACUUCUUGGCAACGUCACUCUUGUGAAAGAGAUCCUGAUCUCAAUAGGUUUUAUCUGGUGAAGUAAAGGUUAAAAAAAGAAGAAAGAAAUACAUUAUAAGCAGCAAAGUGUAAAAUCAACCCAGUUAUCUGAACCACAUUGCUCACUUGGCGCAUGCUCAGCUACACAGUGCAACUUUUUCCAGAUGAGACUGUUGAAUUCCUCAUCAGGGCUGGGUGAUAUGGCCUCAAAUCAAUAUUACGAUAUUUUGAUAUUAUAUUUUGAUAACAACAAAUAGACAAUAACUACUUCACAAGCUGCUCACCCCCUCCCACAUCAGCUUUGUCUACUUCAGCUGCUGCUACAACUUUUGGACCGUCUUCCAUCUCCUUUCCCUCUUUGGUAUGGAUUGGAUGGGUUAUUUUUUUAACACCAAAUAUAUUGACAUGGGCAAAAUGAUGUUGGUUAUUGACAUAAGUUUUGGUAUUUUCAGUUUAUUGCCCAUCUCUAUUCCUUGUAACAGCUGAGAUACAAGUGAGGUCCAACUUGCUGCUGCUUAUGUGCUUACUGCAGGUGUGGAAUUUCACACAUCCUGCUGGGGGUCUAAUGCUUAUUAAUGUAUGUUUCUUUUAGAAUAAGAUAGUUCUUAUAGUACAUAUAGUACUUGUGAUUUUUUCCUGUAACCACCGUAUAAAUGAAUUAACUGUGUUCUGCAUACUAAAAAGUUCAUGAUAUGACCAUCCUGUUUCUGCAGUCAACUAAUUACCCCAUAAAAUCAUUAAGCAGUUACUUUGAUGUCAGCAAACACUUAAGGUAGUUGUCCUCACUUAAUCUCUCAAUCACUCUGUUAACUGAAACCAAGACAUGCACAUGCAUUUAUCUUGAACGCUGCCAAGGAGUAUAUGUAAGUGUUGUAUUGGCAGCUAUUUUGGGGAAUGAAUGCAGCCCAUCAGCAUGUUUAUUACACUCUGCCUCUCCUCUCGGUGUAUUUGUCACACUAGUCUAUAUCUGCCUGUCUGUCUUUGUGUAUAUGUGUGUGUAUAUGAGUUUGUGUGAAUAUAAACCGUGACACCAGUGUGGUGUGUUGAUUUGGUCACUUCAGACGCUGGUAUUUAACCAAAAGAAGACUCACGUGUCAAAGAGGAAAUGCUGAUGUUCUCCUUUUCUUUUCUUCUUUUUUGUGUGUUUGACAGUUCAACGGUUUCAAAAUCAGGACUGAAAAAAAAAGAAGGAAACUUCAUCUCUAAGGAUCAAAACAAGUGCACAGAGUUGUUUACCCUCCUGACACACUUGCAUUACAUGUCCCAGCACUGUAAUUGGAUGAGAUACUGUUACAUCAUGUCGUCACACCUUGUGGGUUUAUUAGACCCCCCGGGCUGGCCACCCACUUUCCCUGACGCACGCACACACACAAAAAUACACAUGGACACACACUGCCUUAUACUCACCACUCCUGGAAUGUUAUUAUCCCACAUUACCGAACAGCUCCACUUUUUACUGGCAUCUUCUGUCAGUGCAGAGCAUGUAAGCAUUUUUGAGAUACUUUACUGGCUUGUUUUGAAGAAGUCUGCAGAGUUACAAAGUGGAACUUGGUUACUGAGAUCAUCAUAUAACAUACAAAGACGGCCUCUGUUUGCCAAGCCCCUCUGGUUCAUGAGCCAUUCAAAUAUUUAACUUUGAGUUACGAGAGUUACGUGAAAUUAAAACACAUUUGAUCUGCUGAACAUGAUCAUGAAAUUUAGUUUCCUCUUACAGAAUGACACAGAAAUUCCUUAUCUGAAGUUAGCAUACUUUGAACAAAAAUUGUAAGUAGAGGCUUAUGCUUCAUGUGAAUCCUGUAAACCUGUGAUUAUCAGUCUUGUAAUUUCAGGUCCUUGUUUAAUCUAAUAUGUGUUAAUUCCCUUGUCCUUUAUUUGGAAAAUGUAGGUUUGAAAUUUUAGUUGGUGGCUGUUGAUUAACCGUUUUUUCUUUCAUGGGCACUGUGAACAGUUCUCAUGUUAUGCUGGUUCUGGUGACCCCUAUGAUAGAGACAAUGGACUGCAUUUUUCAUGAGCACCACCACCUGCUGUCAUAAAAAUGUGACAAUUACUUACUCCCUUCAUGGGAAAAACAACUUUAAAAAGUAAUUAAGUAAGCUGUGUGGAACUUUUAGUUGUGUCAAUUUUGGCGCCCCCUGUGGACAAAACACUCUUCUCUGAUCUUGUCUAUUACAUGCUCAAGUUGUGCAUUUUUACAAAAAUAUCUCAUCUCACAGGCUUUUUACAGUCAAAUGUGUCACUUAUUAGGAACAUUAUGAGUAGGGAUGGGCGAUAUGGGCAAAAAAAUUUAUACGAUGAGAUUUGCCAAUCUGACGAUAACGAAAAAAGUCCUGAUAAAAAAUGGUAUAAUUCCAAUCUAUAUUUUUGACUCAUUUUGUCUGAAGAACACAAGUUGGAGUAGAUAAUAGAGAUACUUAACCACAACUUUAAGUGGGAGGCUAUGGAGAAAACUAAUGACAUCGAACAAGUCUCAAAGGUAAAAACAUUUUUAACAUUUGUUGAAAACUUUUAUUGCAAAGAGUGAACAGCAGCAGCAGAUCCACUGUCUGAUGUCAUGCAUACCUGAUUGGACUCAUCUAAGCCCCAAUCUUGAAGGAAAUCCCUCAUGUGGACCCUCGUUCACUAAUGAGCUGCUCAGAAACGUCUUCUUUAUUACCUUCAUUUACCGCCCAUCCCUAAUCAUGAGUGGAAGUAGCAGAAAGAGGCCUGUUUCUCUAGCUGCUCAGUUGACACCUACGCUCUUAAAACAGUUUCAGGCGUGGAAAAUGACAAUACACUAAAUGUUUAUCUAGUAGCUGUUGGUUUUUGCUUUUGGACAACAUGAAAGGACAUCUACAUGAGUUUUAGUCUUAUGUCAUAAUCGUCCGAAAACUUCUUGUAGGAGCUUUAAGACACCUUUUUUCAGGGUGCAAAGUAAUGAGGUAAUGUAUUUGUGGCUACAUGAAAUUAUUUGUUGUAACAUAAUGACCAAACCCCCCAAACCCUGAAAUGUUACGGUUUGUAAGCUCACAAAGGGGGAUCAGAUGUACCUUAAUGGUUUCUUGUUACCUCCAAGUCAUGAUAUGUGCCCCAGUGUCCCUAUAAAACAUCAAAAACCAUAAACAUACAACAUUAUGCACACAGUUUAACUACUUAGUCGUAAAAGAGCAGUGAAGCAUCCACAUACCGGCAUAAAUCUCAAGUCCUGUUCAUAACCAUUGUGCUAUUUUACCUGUAAAAGCCCUGGUUGUUGAGUUUCAUAAUACUAACUUUAACAGAAAACUUUUGUUUUGCUAAUCCUGCUUCAGCCACAUGACUUGAAAAGAAAUUUAUCUUGAGAGAAAAAAAUCCCCCUGGCUGCAAACUUCUUUAUAAAUGCCAAACUUUAUCAGUGGCCCUUUAAACAUAGACACUUAGGGCUCUAUUUUCGUUCGCGCCGGUGAGGCGGCGGAGGGCGGCGAGCCCCGCGCAGUUGUAUUUUCGUCUGGCGGAGCCCAGCGUAAGGCGAGUUUGGUAUUUUCGUGGACUGAGUCGCACGGAGGCGAGCCGAGAUCCGCCAAGCUGGGCGUGGUGGCGUGGCAGGGGGAGGUGUUGACAGAAUCAGCUGGCGCAGUGACAUUUUCGUGCUCGCCACCGGCGUGUAACGUGCGCUGAAAGCUCGCCGAUUCAAACCUGGUCAGCUUUCAGCGCAAGGCGGAACGCAGCUGGUCUUGUAGUAUUUUGGUAGACCGGCGGCGUAUCGACAUACGUCACUGAUGCCUCACCGGCAGGUUUCCACAGUGUCAGGCAGAUUUCAGUGCAAUAAAUAAACAUCAACAACUAUUAAUCUGAGUCAGCACAUACAUUUAGAUCUAUAUCGAUAUAUUCUGAUCUAUAUCUGAUCUGAUGAGCGCGUUUGGCACGCGUUUGGCACGCGUUUGGGCACACAACCUGACCGAAUCAAUACAGCUGAAACUGCAUCAAAUUAAAUUAAAUAUCUAGUAAAUAAACACACAUGAUGAAGUUAACAAGAUAUGUAAUGUGUCUCCCUCCUUUUCUUUUUUCCUCUUAUUUCUCGCACAGCUCGACCUGGACACGUCUCCGUGUCCUCUCCCCGUCCUGCUGCAGCUGCUGCUGCUGCGGCUGAACAGAUGAUUUGUUUCAGUGCUCAGAUGCGUUAUCUACUUUAAGCCGACAUACGGAUAUUAUAAUAUUCAGUUUUGUGGGCCAAAUUUAUUUUAUAUGCCAACAUCUAUGAAAGAAAGAGCCAGGCCACGGAGCGCGAUGCGUCAUUUACGCACAGAUGGUUCCGAUUUUAAUGCCAUUUUUGGAGUUUAUGUUGUGAUCUGUGCGCUAAACCCACCUUUGUCACGUGAGGUUUGAAUAUAUGCAACUUUAUGUGAGUGUCUUUUUUGUGGAAAAGGGUGUUUGUCUUACCAGUGGGUCCAACAUUACGCACACCAAAUCCAUCUGUGCUCAGAUGAGAGAGUGUGGAGGACACUUGUUGAGCAGCUGCCCUCUGUCGCCAUCGUGUGGCAUAACUGUCUUCAGACAUCUCUUGAUCUCUUUGACUACUUCAUGAAAAUAGUAAUACGCCUCGCCGGUGGCGGAUUUAAAGGCAAGGAGAGGAGCUUAUGUGAUUGGUGAAAACAGGUCUCGGCUGUGUUAAACCCCUAUACGCCCUCUCUCCUCCCCUUCUAUGAUUUAUGCUGCCGGGAGGAGCUGAGUUAGGGAGGGGGGAUACUUACGCCGGGCUGCGCGGCUCACCAAAAUACCAAAAUGUGCUUGGGAACGCCUUGUCAGCGCGGCGGAUCUGAUUGACUCUGCGCUUGCGGCACGUCUCCGGCGAGGCACCAAAAUAGAGCCCUCUAAGUGCUGAACACCAACUUGUUUUUUUUCAUAGAAUAUUAUCAAUAACCAGCAUUGUUGCUGAUAAUCUCAUAAAGAGGCACCAGUGUGAGAGUAAGAUCCUUCAAAAACUUCUCACAGCUGCUUAAACUCUGAUUAGAUUUCACCUCUUAAUCAUUUUAUUUCAGUUUAAACUCUGGAGGCCAUUGGUCAUGUAAUCUGCUGCAUGUUAGGGUUAAAAAGCUUGCUUUAAACACAGAGGUAUCUUUUUAACUAUCUCUAUGAAUCCUUUGUAUUUAUACAAUUGAUGUUUCAUAAUAUGUUUGCCAACCUACUGAAAACAUCACGAAAGCUAGUCUAAAAAUUCCUGUGAACCCCUGAGAGUGCUUCAGAGGGUCUCCUGCCAAACAAGUACACUUAUCGGUAAUUUAGGAGAAAUUAACCAAUCACUAGAGGAUUCAAUUACCUGCUGGUAUUAUAUGUAAAGGGAAAUGAGCAGUGUGGACUUUCCUGAGGGUUAAUCUUUUAUUUAUGAAGGUCUUUGACACUGUAGAAGCCUAUUUAGAGCACGGUAAACAAAUAAAGGGAAAGUAAACUGGGUCUCUUAUGUCCUACAUGUUGUCGCACAGGGUCCAGUAUAUCCCAUAGUACAUAACAAGGGAUGAAUUUCAUGAAAGUAUUUAAACUAGGCUCACUAGGAGCUUACAGUACGCCUCUGCCAGUGGUGAUUUAAAGUAAGAAUGAGCCCCUCGCUGAAAAUCCAAAGAGUAAUCUGUGAGGCCAAAGAGCACAUUAGAAUGACAUCUGAACUAGUGGAAUCAUGGGGAACAAUGCAGGCCUUUGUUUGAGAAGUCAGAGGGGGAAAAUGAGAGGUUAGAGUUGGGGUAAAUGAACAGCAAAAAGAAAAGUGAGAAGUAAUGGUAAACAGGAGAAAAAUGAAGUAAGAGGAAAAAUGCUACAAGAGGGCAUAAGACAAAAAAAGGAAAACAAGCCUCUAGAGGAGGGAAAUGUGGGGAAGGAAAAGCAGACAACUUUCAAUGAUUUUGUCUGACUUGUAGUUGGACUAAAAGCAUAAGAAUAGCAGAGGCCAAGCUGGGCUAAACUCUUGAGAGCACAGAAGUAUGUAGGCCAAAGGGAGAUCGAUGGUUAGAGGGACAAAAACAACUUCUCCAUCUGGUUCCUGAAUAGUCUUUGCUGGCAGAGUGCCAUACCGAGUCUGUUCCUCUGUUGGUUUCUGGUCAUGUUGAAGUAAACACUUAGAGAGCGGGCAUGUAAAGGUUGGCAACACACCAACUCAAAAUAUACACAAACCCUUGAGCCAGUCAGUUUGAUUUUUCUCUGCCUUUUUUUUCACCAUCACUGGUGGAUAUUUCUAAGCCCUGAAGUAGUAUCAGCUCAAAUUUUAAUCUCCUAGGCCCAGACAGAGCCCCCUCCCCUUAGGGUGUCAAUCAGCGUUCAUUGGUUUGUUUUAAGGCGUGUUUGCAGCCCACUCCUCUUUACUUGGCGUCAUGAAAGAUGGAGGGGAAGGAAGGAACUGCAUAAGGACCCUUUGUCAUAAAUUAUGCACAGCACAGGGCAUGUGUGAUGUCAGGAGGGAAAGUAAACAAGUGAUGUUCGGUAACUUAUGUAAGGCGUUUUCUCGACACUGAUGUAGGGAACCUAUGUACAAGUCAAGGCGUAGUCUAUAGCUGCAGCAGAGUUCACCUCAAUAUCAGUCUGACUAAGAUUUAUCCAGGUUAAAGCAUUCAGCUGCCCACUUGUUUUUGUCCUCUAAACCAGGUUUUAGGAAUAGACCGAUGUGGUACGUAGUUCAGUAUGUAGGUAACCUAAUUCUUCCCAUUCCUGACAUAUCAUUUCCUAAACUCACAGACUGAAAAAACAUGUCUUUACAAAAAGCACUCCCCUCUCUGUGCCUGUAUAUCCCAUCUGUCAUUUUCUUUGUCAGCUCUGUGUUUGCUUAUCCUCGUCUGGACACUCUGCUUAUUUUUCUUUGCAGUGAAAUCCAAGCUGCUCUGUUUGUUUGCUCAUUAUGGCUUGUAUGUUUUGCUAGAUACACUACGCCAACUGAUGUCUGGUGGCCGUUUGCUGUGUGCAACUCAGUGUAUUUUUUUAUGUCUGUGGCAAACCUGAUAAAGCAGGAUAUGCUGCAACUGUGACAUUUUCAUUCAGCUGAUAAAAACAGCACUAAGUAAAAAUGUUUUUGUGGGCUGUUAUUUUUUAAGCAUCUGAUAAAAACUUGCAUUGGAUUAAAAAGACAUUUAUAGGUGUGAGGUAGGAAAAACAAAGACAUUUGGUUCAAAAUUUGCUGUUAUUACAGCAAACGUUAAAAGGAUUUUUCCCCAAACUCACAAGUGGAGCACAGAGAAAAGCACUUUUGCACAUAUUUUCUCUGUCUUUUGGAGCUUUGAUUGUUCUAUAUUCUAACUAUCUGGUGUAAAAUACCUCUAGAGUUAUCAAAAAGAAUAAAAAUUGCUGACAAUGUUAAUCAAAUGAAACGUAAAAUUUGAUUUGUUAAAAUGACAAUAUGUCCCCUUUUGCUGUAACAGUUAGAACCUUGAGGACAUAAUGUGAGUGCGUUUGUGCACUGACUUGUGUACACAACCGUAUCUGUUCUUUGAAACAGCUAUAAGAUAAAUCAAGUUAUUGGCGUGGGUUGAAUUUGUCAACAUUCAACAACAAAAUGUACAAAUUGAAUCUGUCUUAUGAUGAUUGUAAUGAUAGUUAUAAUGUUAUUUAUUCUACAUUUUUCAAAAACAUGUGACAAAGUGCUUAACACUCAUGCUAUUUAUCCUCUUAUAUUUUUAAUUUACUCACAACAUGCUUAAAAAGGUGUCAAUCUACUUGUUAGUUUCUGCACCUAGACGCUCAUUUCUGUUAGGAGUAACUUUUACAAAAUAAGUGUUAAACCCUGCAGUGUGAUGUGUGAUGACUGGCUCGGAGCUUCUCACUAAUCCAUUUUGGUUAAUGAUUCUGCCGAAAAGCUGCUUUGCAGAGAAGCAUACUUAGACUGCUACCACAACAACCAGAGCUUGUGCAUCGGUCAGGCCUUCUUGUUUUAUGAUUGAUGGAUGUUUUGGCUUUUUAAGGCAGCGACUACCCUGUCCAUCCUCACCUCCAAAUAUGGGUCAGCAGGGCUUCGUUACAUGUGAGUUUAGAGGGGAAAAAAAACCUCUGUGGGUGUAUCUGUGAAAUUCCACAAGCACCCGUGUGUUUCUGAAUGCAGGUGUGUGAAGGUAACCAUCCCACCGUGACGUUCGUCCAAGCCGCUGUCAUCACUCCCUUGUUUUAGAGGUCUCCCUUCGUCAUACAAGUGAGAGGAAAAACAGAGAGAUUUGUACCAGCUUGGAGCCUCUGUUAACGUCGGAUUAGACGCAAAGAUACCUUUUUUGGCACCUCCAAACACUUGCUUGUAUCACAGAAGGUCUGAAGGUUACACUUCCCUCGAUGAGGGCUGAGUUUGCUCAUGAUUUGUCUUUAGAGCCGUUACAGGUUAGCAGUUGGAAAGAACACUGCGGUUGAUGUAUUGUGCAACACAAGCCCGUACAAAUUUGACUUAAAGAGGAAAGAUUGAGAAAAACAAGUCAUGGGUGUUUUGCUUCUGCAGAGAAUCUCUUGAGUAAAACCAAGAGAAGACACACUUUGUUAAAUCUAUGGUGCUUUUGAAAUACUACAUUUGAAUGUAACGUCUUUUUUUACCCGGGGAAGAGUAAUUUUGGAUGUUGAUGUUGAAAUCAAAAGUGCAGAAUAGUCUGUUAAAGCUUGUUUUUGACUAGUUUGACAGGUGUCUUAUGUGUACAAGACAGACUGUCUUUCUGCUCCCACUCUCCACACCCUCUAUAACUGUGUGUGUGUUUGUGUGUGUGUGUGUGUGUAGAUGUCAAGGAUAGAGGAAAUAAAGUCUGGUCUGUGUGUGUAUUUUAGGGAGGGAGAAGGAUAGAGAUGGAGAUAAAGAGUGUGUGUACGUACUCAGUUGAAACAAAGUGUGUGUGUGUGUGUGUGUAUGUGUGUGUGUGUUUGUGCACUUGUGAAAUUGGGAUUAGCCCCCUCCUAAUUGCGGGCAAGUACUCAAAGCUUAUUAAUGCCUGACCUGACCUGCUCUUUAUUCCCUCCAUCCAUCACUCUGAAGACUUGCAGAAAACACACUGAGCAGCAAAACAACAACCGCCGUUAACAGAAGGAGAGACCAGCCCCUCCCAUCAGCUUCUCUGAUUGGCCCAGAAGCAUGCCUUGGGAGCAAACUGAUUGGCUUAGAAGAGACACACCUCUAGAAUCUGUUUAUGUGUAGCCAGAUAGUGAUGGAAGAAGGAGGAGGGGGGUUGUUAGGGUAGGGGUGUGAUUGUUUUGGGGUUGGUGUGGAGGUUGAUUAUGCAGAAACAAAAGGGGGGGUAUUUUAGAGGAGGGGGGAGGUAAAUGUACGCUCUGGAAGCAGUCAUUGGAGCUUGUUCAAAAACUUCUAGGAAAGGAUGUUUGUUCACUUCUCUGUAUGUGUGUGUGUGUUUUUGAGCUGAGCCCCCAAUAAAAUCACAACCAGGCCUUCCUGAUUUAGUCAGCAACAUUUAUAAAGCAGCAGCCCCUCCCUCAAAGUAUCUGCAUGCAACCCUGUUGAUAAUGAAAAAUCAACAUCUUUAUCUCUGCUUAUCACAUCAACAUGUUUCUGUGGUCAGGCGAGUCCUGGCACGCCACAGAGGAGAUAAUUUAUCACCAUCAGCAGCAGGUCCGUCACUGAUGUUUUUCAUAUUUUAUAUACAUAAGCGCUGUCUCAUACGUCAUUUAUCACAAUCCACUAUAUGUGUGUGUGUCUUUGACAACAGGGAGCAUGCCUUAAGAAGCUAAAGCAAACCAGAUAGUUCAAAUGGUUGGGUUUGCGUCUGUUGUUUCCUAAUCCAAAGUGCCGAAAAGGUAGAAAGAGUUCACAGUGUUAGUAUCUUAGUUUCAAUGCACAGGAUUUUCUUUUCUCAAUUCUACAAUUUUUAAAGUAAAAGGUCUUGGGUACCAGCAAGGGCCUGUGUCUACUGAUUGCAUUUUUGGACUGGUGGCUAACACAACCUCAAUUUCACUAAAUUAGAUUCAGUUUCAUUCUCUUUGGUGCUUUCUGUUCUUAGAUUAAAAAACUGUUUUCCCUUUGCUUCUCUGAUUUCCUUAGUAUUCAGUGUUAGGUCUGUUUCUAUUUGUUCUGUAUGCUUCCAUUUGCUUUAAUUCCGAUAGAAUUGUAAAAUACAGCAUAAAAACAAUUUGUAGAAAUUGUGUUGCAACAGAAGCAGCUGCUUCAGACUUGGAAAUAGUACCUCUGAAAAACAAGCGUGUUUGGUUUCUUCUCUAUGGAUACCAUUGUUGUUGACAAAAAUGAUGUCAGCAGUCCCACCCACUCUUGAUAUUGAUUGGUUGAACCUGGAGAAGUGACAGUGACAGGGUGUUCAAAAAGUUGAAGGAAUUUCAGCAAAAAAAAAAAAAUAAUAGAGCUGACGUCAAAGGCUCUUUUUCCGGCCCAUGACUGAGCAUGAAAAACACCAAAUUGCAUUGUUUUUUUUUUUUAGAAAAUAGGUGUCCUGAGUGGAAAUAGGCCCUUAGCCAACUUGAUUUUAGUUCAGUAACAUAAAAUGCUUUUCAGAUCAACAUGUGUUAAACUUGUGGAGAUUGCACAUGCUUUCUCUGGUUUGGCAUCUAGAAAGUCAUUCACCAGUGGGCAGUGUGAUUUAGAUUUCUGCUAUUUUGAGGGAUGGGCAAGGAUGAAAAUACUGUAGAGGUCAAAGUUUUAUUUCAGGUGUGUUCGCACAUUGCCUGCUUAGAUCUACACUUUGAGUGUGUAGUUCUGAUGUGUUCUUUCUUUAAGUGUGUGUGUUUGUCUACUGUGGAGUGUGUUUAUUGGUGGGGUCAAGGUCAGGAUUAUGUGCUGGUUAUGAAAGCUAAAAGCAUGACAGUGCCUUUCCCUGCUUGUUUACCAUCUGAGUUAAGUGUGUUCCUGUGUGUGUAUGUGUGUGUCCCUGUGUGUAUGUGAGGAAGUAUGUCUGGGUGUGCUCUGAGGCAUGAUUGACCCCCCGGGCUGGCCUGAGGAAAAGGCUAGGGUUACUAAUGGGUUACUUUCGUACACACAGUGACUCUUCUGAGCGUCAUGUGACAAAAACAGGGGUCGGGGUGUCCAGAACCCAACUCCUAUAAAAUGCUUUUCACCCAUGACCCCUCACUUCUUACGUCACAUUUGUUUGUCUUCCCUCUUCAGCUUUAAAAUCUGUCUGUCAUCUGCUCUGUUGAUGGAGCUUAGAGUAACACAACAUUUCUUCAUUUGCUUUUUCACAAAUACAACAAAAAUCAAAGAGAGAAAUGUAGAUAUUAAAACAAUUGUUGAAGUGAUUAGGCUGUGGCUGCAAGAAAUGUGGGUUUAUUGCUUUAAGCAUGAAAGCUAUUUGAUGGCUGAGCUAAGCUUAUGGUAUGUCAGUGUGUUAGUGUGUUCACAACAGGGUUUGGUAUAAAUCUGAUUACUUAUAAUCCUCCCUUCUCAGUAGAUACAGUCAAGCUUUGUAUUCUGGCUGAACACAUUUGCUGUUUAUAGUAAUUGUGACAAAUUGUCAGGAGGAAAAUACAUGUGAAGCAGUGAAAUAGACGGAGGAAGCCUGAUUUGUAGUUGGCAACGGUUGAGUUUGCAAACAGAACACUGCAACCCUUCUUAACAUUGACCCCGUGAGUUUGCUUGAGUUACUGACUUUCAGUGUUUAUAGGCUAUUGGUUUUUAAAAAAAGAAAGUAGAAGUAUGAUGAUAGUCUAAAUAUAUGAUACCAAUCAAAAUACUGUCUGAGUUAUCUGUCACGUCUGUCACGUCUUAUCUUUAGUGCAUCCAUUUAAAGCUGGCAAGCUACCACACCUGACUGCUGAUUAAAAGAAGAGGGUUUCAUUGAGCAGAAGAAGUCACCUGUUUGACAAGCUUUGAUGUGUUUUUAUAAUCAAACCUGUUCAGUUCAGAGUUCAGAGGGCUUCAUUGGCCUCCAAGGGAAAUUUAAUUUGCAGUCAGUGGAAUAUAAACAGUCAAAAACACACAAUAAUACAGUAGAGGCAAAAUCAGAGACCGUGUUUCCACUGUUACCCGGACAACAGGGAAAGGCAGCCCCUGAUUGGUCCAUGUGUAGAUGGUGAGGUCUAACACAUGCUGCGGGACUUUUCAAAGCACCGUUCAUUCAGAACGCCGUUAAUUCUGCAGUUGACUUUGCAAAGUCGGCAGAAAUCGUUUAUCUCCGACAUCUUCUGCAUAUCUAAACGAUUUCUGCCGACUUUGCAAAUUCAACUGCAGAAUUAACGGCGUUCUGAAUGAAUGGCGCUUUGAAGAGUCCCGCAGCAUGUGUUAGACGUCACCAUCUACACAUGGACCAGUCAGGGGCUGCCUUUCCCUGUUGUCCGGGUAACAGUGGAAACACGGUCUCUGAUUGGCCUGGUUAUUUUCUGAUUGGUUAUACACGUUCCCAAUGGGCUGAAGUCCAGACUGUUGUGGGAAGGAAUGGCAAGGGAUUCAUGCAACAGGAUGGCCCAGCCAGGCUAAAAAAAAGAAGGUUAAAAGCAAUCUUUUUUUUUCAAAUCUUUUUAUUGAUUUUCUUGAGCACAAUGCAUAUAACAGUUCAACAGCACAUGUCACUGCAAGAGGCAACCAGUGUAAAAUAAGGAACAGAGAAACAAGAGUAACAUGGCAAGCACAGCUUCAAGUAAUAGUAAAGUGUCUGAAGUCAUAUAAAUAGCAGACAUAACAAAUAAUGUAAAAAAGUCUUUAAAUUAAAAAAAGAUUAAAGAAAAUACAUAAAUAAAUAAACAAAUGAAAAAGGAAAUAUCUCAAGUAGCAGUUCUAUUAUCUUCAGGUAUUAGAUUGAGGUUAUCCGCAUAAUCUACAAGGGUUUCCAGAUUUCAUUAAAAGUUGCAAGAGACCCUUUUAAUGAGUAUUGCAUCUUCUCGAUUUAAGACAACUUAAAAUCUCCUGUAUCCAUUUGUCAUGUGUUGGAGGAGAGGCAUGUUUCCACUUAAGUGGGAUGGCACGUCUGGCCAGAAGUGUUGUAAAGGCAAUGGCACAUCUGAUAUUCGAAGGAGUGUUGGGGUUUUUGGGUGGUAAAAAGCAAUCUUGAUCAUCAUUAAAGAGUUUCAUCGAAAGUGUCAAUGAAAAUUGUUUAAAAGUGACUACAAAGGGGGAUCACAGCCAUCUUUACUUUUUGGAAAUGUGAAUUGACUCAUCACAGUCCUCGCUCAAGUGACAAAAUUGAUGCACUUAAGAGUUGCACAUGGAACAAAAGAAAAUGUCAGAUGUCUAUCUGUUCUUGCCUUGGGGAGUCUAUAUCUCCAGCCGAAAGGAAGAUGAAUAAAUGGAAAUGUCAGUGUGGGAGUAUUGCACAGCUAUGAGAACAAUCAACGUAAUGCAGUUUGUAAGACACAUCCUUGUGACAUUUGAAGAAAGACUCAAAAGGAAGGGCAAGGAUGAACCACUAGCAACAAUAUAAAUUCCUUAAAAUUUCUUGCAAAUUUAAGAAACAAACAUAAAAAUUAUAAAAAAAAAUAUUCUGCAGCUGACACCUUCCUUCCUCUGAACAUGAUAAGAUGAUUUCUCAACCCUUAUUACAUAUGUGCUAAUCAGGUUUAACUACAAUAUCAGUCUCCUUAUUUCAAAACAAACAAUAAAACUAUUUUUCCUGAUUAGGUGGGACUUACAUAAUAUCUUUGGAUCUUAAUGUCCUGUCUUUCGAUGCUUGCAUAAUCAGAUAUUCUGAAACAGGCUGUGUGAUUGGCUUUAACAAAAAAAUAAGGAAACUGAUAUGAGGACUCAGCGGUUUGCAUGUGAGAUGUGGGUCGAGCGUCCCAAUCAGCCUUUCAAGCUAUUAGAGAUUCUGCAGCUUUGGAGUAUCUAGAAAACACACUUGGCCUUUGCUGCGAUAACUGUGUAUCACAAAGUGUUUCUUUUUCUACAAGUCCUUGCACAGUUUGAUGCCAUGUAAAUCAUUUAAUGCUAACAUUUCCCUUGAUAAAACGUAAGGAUUAUGCUUGUAAAAUCAGUUUUACCUUGAUAAUGGAAAAAUUCUGAGGGUGAAAAAAAAAACUAGUGAGUUGAAAAAGACCAAAAAACAACCCCAUGCUCAGGCUUGUUUGCUGGAAAUAGCUUUAAAUAAUGACUUAUGUUCACACUGCUGCUAUGUUUUUGAGAAAGUUUCACAGCUUGACAGACUUGCAGGGUGACUUCUGCAACAGGAUCACUGAAAAACAUUUCUUCGAAGAGCUGUUUGAACGCCCAAUGUCUAAUCAAUAACAAAUCUGUCAUGCACAGUCCCAUCAGCUAUGACUGAGGUUUUGUGCAAUAAACAUGUCCCACCCACAGACAGACAGGUAAACAAGUCACAUAAUGUUGCGUGUUUGUGUGAUGGCAUGCAUAUGUGAUAUAUGAUUCAUUUAACUGUUCUUCACCCUCUGUUGGCUUUUAGCUGAGGGUUACAUGUCCCGGCAUGUUCUGCCAAGAUAUUGUGUGUCUCGUUUCCCUUUCUGGACACAUUCUCAUGGCAACAAAUUCAAUAUAAACAAGUGAUCACAAAAAAGUACGAACGUAUUGUUGGUCUGCGUCUGUUCUCAGCUUAUCAGUGCCUUCCAUAAAGCUGCUUCCAAAGGCAUCAAGUACCUUCAAAUGUAUAUACACAUAAAUCAUUAGAUGGAUGUUUUUCAUGAGGGUAAAAAAGUAUGUGAACGUUCCUGUCGUCUGUACUAGAUGUUCCUGUGGCGUCUGGGUCAGUGUACUCAAAGCUGAAGGUUACAUUAGUAAAGAGAAUCUGGCACACAUAUUGUAAGUCACAGUUAGACAUACAUUAAAGCGUGCAGCCAACAAACGUUAAGCUGUCUUCUGCGUGAGCUAGCUGGCUAGCUUCACUGAUGAGGCUGUCGUGCACAUUCCUCAUGUAAAGUAAGAAGUCUUUUAAUUUAAUCACUCCCAUAUGUGUGUGUCUUCAAGUGUGCAACUAAAAAUAAUCUAUUUAAAACACAGCAAUCAUGUCUGAGCGUGCAGAACAAGAAGUGCAUGAUAGACAGAGCGCGUGUGUGUGUGUUUGCGUGUAUACUGUACAUAGUCUGUGGUCUGUGGUGUAUUUGCUGGAGCCCUCAGUCUUUACCAGUUUGAACUAGUUUAUCUGUCAUUGUGGGGUAUUUGGCUGCGGCCUGGCUACACAAAGCCACUUAUAACAACAGAGGGGUCUUUGCGUGGACAGGGGGAUGGUUGAUGAAGUGAGAUGCAGUGUUUGGGGAGCAGUUGCACAAACCAGUUUGGUGUCAUAUUCAACAAUAACGCACUCAUUCCUGUGACACAGUUUUACAGGUAAGCAGAAGGUGAAGCAGAAUAAACGGCUGUGAUUGGGUGGCGAGGAAUUUCACCAAAUAAAUCAGAGAAAAAGCUUUAAAAGAAGUGGAGGAGACAUUUAUUAGAGAGGAAGGUUGCUGUAGAAAAUUGGUGUAAGGGAUAGGUAGAGUUUGUUUUUUCACAGGAAGUGAGGCUUAGACGACCUCUCACUCACUCUGUCUGGCUGCUUCCUGUGUGGAGAAGCAAGCUCUGUUACCACAAAGGGAAGUGCACCCAAGGUCUCUGCAGUUUUAUUUAAUGAAGCUUAUUUUUCAGCUGAAAUGUUAGACUUUAUCCUCACGUGUUCAGUACAUGCAGUAAUGCCAAUGAUUUAAAGAAAGGCUACACCAAGUAUAGGAACAUCCAGGGUUUGUCAGGGCUGGUGCAAAACAUGAUCAGUCAACUCUGAGUUUGACUUUUCAACCAGUAAGUUUCAGCUGCUCCAUCCUUAGAGAAAUAAAUCAGUGCAUUGGGAAAAGAAAAAAAAAAACCAUGUGUAUCUUCUGUUCAUUGCCUGUGUUGACUAAGAUGACACAAGAAGAGUGUGCAGAAGAGAUUGGGAUAAGACAUGAACAUGUAAAUCAGCUGUAUAUGAGUCUGCAUCCUAGUGCACAGGUCUUAAUACCUGUUUAGAAAAACAAUGAAUCAUACUUUCCUUUAUUUUAAAGCCCUCUGGACAGUUUGAUUAUUUGACAAGCAAACUCAGGCCUUAACUUGUGGAGGCAGUGCUAUCAAACUUUACUACGACUAAGAAGAAAGUAAGACAGAUCUAAACUAACACACUCACUCCAGUUAUAUCUCUUGGCCUCCACAUACUUGCUUUGGCUCAAAAAUGUAAGCAACAAAUUGAACAACAAUUGCUUAUGGGAGAUGCUUUAAAUGAGCUUUAUUAGAGGUUAGUUUAAAUCUCUCUUGUAAAACUCCAAACCAGAGAUUACAAUAUUUACUGUAAAACCUGGAAUAUACCGUAUAUUGCACAAAAUUGGUCCAAACUAUCUUCUUGCUACAUGAUUUCCUUUGCAUCAGCAUGUCCAUAUAUGUGCAUUUCUGUGCAGCCUUUUGUAGUACCAUUUGUUUUUGCCAUGUGGAGUUUGCUAUUCUGCCAGCUACUGAUACCAAAGUUGAGCCCAGUCUACUGUACCUUUGAUGGAUGUGAGGUACAGACAGACUCAUUGUAGGUUACUGUUUUGCUGCUGUGCUCUGCUGGGCACUUUUUAUCCUAGAUUGAAAGGUUUUCAGUCGAAUCAACCUUCACUAAGGUUUGUUUCCUUUACAUAAAAAAAAUAUGACCUUAUGAGGGAGAAAGACUGUUGAAAGAUAACACCCCAGCGAACACUUUCUUCAUGGAGCGCCAUCUUUCUGGUAAAAUACCAUUACACUACUAAAUAAGUACCUCCUUAUAUUGCUAUUAAGGAUGCAGCCAACUUUCAGGUGGAAAAUAGUAUAAAAAGUGCAUUGCAUACAUCAAUUUUGAGUAAUUGCUUAGUUACUACUUACAGUUUCACUAAGCAUUUGCGCCAAGCCACUCAGUGAUGAGAAGAAAGUUGCUUAAACAGAAUUAAAGCAAAGUUAAAUCAAGUUUCUGACUGUGAACGUUUCAUGAAUAGCAUUUUUAGCAGAAAAAUUCAGCCGUGAUAUCACCGUGGUUAACGUGAACGAGCUUUUGUAUUCAGAUACUUCACCAUGUGUUUUUACCUUACUCCGUACACUGAAACACAUGAUGGCGAAGUCAGCCAUGCCUGUGCAAAUCUACAGGGAGUUCAGUGGUUUUGCUCCUCUAUGCUGCCAAAAAGUCAGUGUUUACUUGUAAUUGGGCAACAGCAAUCUAAAUAAACCACAUGCAGCAGCUCGUUUAAGCCUCUUUUGUCUCAGAGCUGCCCCUCUAUGGGCUGUCUUCAGUGCGGCUAAAACUUAAAACUCACUAUAACUAAUUUAUUGUAAGUACAACAGUGAUCUGUAGGUCUGGAUAUUUUAGUAUCAGAUUUCGCACACCAUCUCCUGUUCUCACUUUCACUUCAUGAUUUUCACUCCCAUAUCUUCCUCUCCCCCUACAGAAACCUUUUUUUUUUCCUCUCUGUUUCACCCACGCAAACACACACGUUCAGAGUUACACACGCACACACACUCACACUGACAGUGACUAAGGUCGGCUUGUUAUUGUAGGCAGCUGGUGGAGGGCUUUCCUGUCCAAACAGCCCAAACGCUGAGAUGGCAGAGCUGAGGGGGACACGCAGAGACAGAAUAGGCUGAGUGGGGUGACCACCAGUUAAUCCUCGGGCCGGCCUGGGCGUGGGGGCAGGUGGAGCAGGAAGCAGAGGGCAUGGGAGAUAGAAGAAGGCCAUUGGGUUCUUCCUCUCUCACUCUGGACGGCUGAUACAGAUGGAACUAAAUGGUCACACGCUUGUUAUAAAGCUACAUAGUAAAAACACCCAUGGGUGCACAGUACUUGCUGGCUGGGAGAUAAUUUACAGCAUGAUGGCCAAACCUGACCUUGUACACCUUCCACUGAGUAUGCCAGAAGAGAGUUUGGGCUCUUCUUACCAAAGAACAUCAUCUUUGAACUUGUUGACAGGCCACAUGGUUAAGGAGUCCAUUUGAAAUGCAGUGCAAAUAUUAUCGCCAAUAGAUUAUUCAGAAACUAAUCUUUAAAUCACUUCACUUUUGUUGACUUUUACCAGCUUUUUUUAUCAGGAGAUAAUUAUCGAUAAUUAUCGUAUUUGUACGAUUAUUUUGCCCUCUGUAUGAUGUAUGAUCAAUAACCCAGAAAAAAGGCUAAAUGAACAAUAAUUUGACAGUUUGGUGAAUGUGUGAAGCAAUGGUACUAUCUGCCAGACACUCUAUUUUUUAGUUUUUUAUUUGCGAACCCUAAAUGCAUCUUUUAGUGAUGUUUCCAUCCAAUUGUAGCUUGAAUUACGUUUGUCUCCGAACAACAAGGAUGAUUGACUGUCAACCAUGCUUAGUUGGGAAGUUGGUUAAGAAAAAUGAGCACUGCUGAGCACCCCUGAAGAGGACGGUGACAAACGGGAGCCCAAGAGAUGUGGGGUAGGGCGGUGAAUGACCACAAAACUGUAGCCACAAAAUCGUGAGUGCCCGUAGGAUGCUAAACAGAGUGACUAUAUGUGACUAUCAUGCAACAGUAAGAUUGUUAUUCUGAUUACGACAGGUGUACGAUAAUUUUCCCAAAAUUACAAUAAUUUUGGGUCACUAUAAUUCUAUAUUUCCCAUCUGGCAACACUGUGCCUUCCUCUCUUAAAAGUUUUGAAGAUUUUCUGCUGACCACCAUAAAGUCUUAAAAAAAUGAUACAGAUCUGGAACAAUCAGUCUAAAUAGUGGAUUCAUUAAAAUGGUUUUGACUUUUUUUGGUGAUGUUAAGUAAUCAGAGGCAGCUCUUCCUUCCUGAUGUAAAAUAGAGAAAGACUUUUCCUGUUCCUGUUUCUGUUUAAAGCAUUGUUCAAAAAGCUUCACUUAUGAGGAAUUCAGAUUCAAAAGGCUCAAGUUGUGCGUUUAACAAGGACUAAAGCAGUGCAGUUGAACUUGACACAAAUACAAAACAUCUGAUGAUUACACAGUGAAGUUGAUGCCAAGUCUUAGUUAAUGUUUAAUGGAAAUCCCAGCCAGCAGGUAAGAUGUUUUUAAAACUUGAGCACCACCUGAGUGUUAUAGAUGUCGAUGCCAGCAGACAGGAUAAGCAGUUUUCCCAGGGUAAAUGACCUGAGGGGCAAUCUGCUGAGGGUCAUGUGCCCGACCCCCCCACCCUCCUCCUCUACCACCACCACCACUGCGUCAUUCCCUGUUAUGUAAGCCGAGGGUGAGGGUGAUGGCUGCAGGGGGUUUAUUUCUGAUCUCUGACACUUCUGUAUUACAUUCUGCACCAGCCUAAACUUAUAAAUCCUCCAGCUUAUGAUUUUGAGUCUCUCCAAGGGACAAGAAAAAUAUCACAUCUGCACAGUGACAAAUAUUGAGACACACUGGAUGCUGAUAUAGCAGCAAGAAGAGCCAAAGAACACAGAGAAAGGAAAAGGGAAGGACCGCAAACCAAACAAAGAGCAGGGUUGCCUCUGAGAGGCUCUGGACAGUGGGAACUGUGGGCCCUCUUGGUUUUGUGUUGUUUUUUUUCUCAUAUUAGCAGAUGGGCCCACAUCGUCAUGAGCUUUUUUUUCUUCCUUAUCAGUAUCAGUGGCUCUGUUUCUGUGGUCUCUAAGAGGGGAAGAAAUGGAAGAGAUAGUGUAAAGGAAAGAGGAAAGAGUUUGCAGGAUGACCAAGGUGAGAUAAAGAUGGGAAUUAGAAAAGACAAAAAAAAAACAUGGUACGAUUCUGAAUCGACCCUGAAAAGGCCGAGCAGGAGAGGAGAGAGUGGAAGUGGUUAUUUUUGGCAGGUAGCCCGUGCAGCUGCUUUAGACAAAGCCCCUAUGCAGCAAAGAUCAGGAAAAUAUUAGCCACAGAGAUAGAAACUUAGACUCCCACGCACACAAACACAUUCAUGUGUGUGAGGCUUCACUGCACUUCACUUUUUGGCCUUGGCAGCUUGUGCUUGUCUUCAGUUCUUAAUAAUUAGUUUUACUAAUCUUCAUUCAAACAAAUACCAGAAAGUAGAAAUUAGAAGCUGGGGGCUUCUGUAUCAACAUGAUGAUGUAAUUAAACCACUGUUUUUACAAACUAUUGAAGGGUAAACAGCCCUCUAUGGUUUCCCCAAUCCAAAUACAACCAUAUUUAUGAGAAUUAAAUGAGACAAUAGGGAACAUGUGGUCAUCAAAUUAGAAACAGAGUGAAAAAGAUUUGUCUCCUCCUUUAUAAUCUGCAUCUUGCUCUGCACCAGUUUUGCAGUCAAUGUCUGGAUUGCAGGACAGGGUCUUACUCGACCAGCUAAUCAGGCUGCUCUUUUUCUGACCUUACUUUUGCACCAUAGCUGAUCACUGUGGUUAUGAAUGUCAAAUUUGGAAAGCUACAGAGAUGGUUGUUAACAGUUUUGCAAUCCUCAAGCAUAAAAAAUACUGGAAUUUAAAACAGUGCUAUUGCUUUUCUUGUUGUAAACAAUCCACUGCUUUUAUCUGUCUUUACUGAAGACACCUGAGUAUUGGGUGCCAUGUUAACUGUUGUUCCCAGUUCAAACAAUAACUACUGUUUGCAAAAUCACAAAAUCUUGGUUCUCCAAAAACACUUCCUCCCAGAUUGUUGUGUAAAAACAAGCAACAUUGUACACACUACCACCACUGAAUGCUAACCUCUUAUAGGGAUAUUCCAGUAUCAUCAGACUGAGAUGCUAAGGCAGAAGAACUACCGUAUUUUUAGUGCACAUAUAAGAUACACAAGAACUCUGAUUGCAUUUCCAUAAAGUAAUAAUGAUAAAUUUUCUGCUGCACUCGGUGAUCGACUCAUCAGGGCUCCCCCACAAACAAGCGGCUGCUGGAGGAGAGUGAGUGAGUUGUGUUUAGUCUCUUUGCUAAAGAAAUCAGGCAAAGCUAAAAAGAUGGUUGUCAGCUAAUGCUGUGGCUGGGACCCUAUAUGUACUGUUGAUGAAGUUAGGUGCUGUUCUGAGCAUUAUUUGUGGCUAUAGAGUGGCUUUUGGUUAAGGUUUGUGCGUUGAGACAUGGACUGCUGUGUAUUGCUAUCGUGCGGUUGUUACUAAAGUUGGUAUAACUAGAGAAGCAAGCGGUCGGCAACAUUCAUCUCUCGGGGGGGUGUCUGACUCAGUGUUAUGGUUUGACUAUAACUUAAAUUUACAUCGGAAUAUCCCUAAAACUCACCCAGUUUGACAAUUGGAAAAAAUAAUGCAGAUGAUGGUGAGCGUGUCUCUACUCUGAGAUUAAAGCAGCUGUGAGGAACUCUUGGUUUGUGUUGAUAUUGGUGCCCCCUGUGGACAAAGUGCUACCUCUUAACUGUUGCCUUGUUUGUGUGAAACUAGUGUUUUCAGACCAUGAUCAUAUCCUUUCCUCUUGUACUGUUUUAAUAAUGCACUGCUGAUUUAAAACCUGCUUUCAAUUAUUUAGCGUGAGGCCUCUUCCCUCAGAGUGGUUUUAAGAAUUUAAAAAAAAAUCUUUACAGCUAAAUGACCAUUUUGCUGCUGAUGGUCUUGUUUGCUUUUGAAGGUCAUAAAGAGGCGUCAGUAUCAGUUUAAGUCUGUGCCUCAACUGAUUAAAAACUCCUUAUGGUGCCUUUAAGAUCUUACAGUUGAGAUGUGCAAAGCAGACCACCAAAUGAUAGAAGGCCCAUCAGUGUGUUUAACACCUGCGGUCCACAGAAAACAUCUAGUAAAUUGAUUUUUUUUCAUCCUUGUUGUUAAAGGGUUGUUUGUUAUCACAUAAUGGCUUCUUGAAUUUGCAUACAAAUUCACAGCUUUUUAAAUCACCACACUAUUCCUAUUGUUCCUUUCCCUGUAAAAUGUGCCAAAAACAAAUCCUGUAAUUGAUCCAAAAGUCAUAAAACGAGGUUCAUAUUGCUUAAACCUAAUCUAGGUUUUGUUUUAUUCUGAUGUAAGAUACUGAAAGAGAAACACAGAGCAAACAGGAAAGUACCCUGACAGAAUUUUAAAAGAUACCUUUUGAGAAUCUUUUAGUGUCACUUUCGGUUUUAGUGUCACUGAUUUACACCCACAUUUACAGCUCAUUUAAAGUAUUAUGACAUUGUGUGACAAGUGUUGAUGACAUGAUCAAAAGCUAAUAUGCAAUGAAAGCCAUUUGAACUGCCUGUAAUUGAUUUACUACCUUUGAUUUAUAAUGCAGUCUUAUAGUUUAUAAAUGAGUGAUCAGUGCUCUCAUUGUAAGAUUAUUAAGUUUCAGAGCUGUUGCAUAACAACACGAGUGCACGAUCAUUCGCACCUCAUCUAUCUAGAAAUACUUCUAGCUCUCUAUGCUUAGAAAUUCAAGCACAUCUGACAUGGAGGUGUGAAACUCUCCUCCUGCUACCAAAAAACUAAUGAGCCACGUGUUUAAGCUGUUUGUUUUGGUCUGAUGAAACGAGCUCAUCAUUACUUUUUGUGGAGCAAGAAGACUCCAGGUGACAGAUAAGUGACACACACACACACACACACACACACACACACACACACACACACACACACACACACACACACACACACACACACACACACACACACACAGUUUAUACACACACAUUAACACACACAGACAGGUCUUGUCCUUAGGGGACUCUGUGCUGUGUUGACCCUGGGGUGGGAGGACAGGGGAGGAAUAUUGGAAGCAGCUAUGGCGACAUGCCCAUUAACAUGCCUGUGAGAAACAGCACCCAGCCUAGACCCCAGGCAACCCUGCUCUGACCCUGCUUAUUUAACUGUUCUGUGUGUUUAAGUCUGUAUGUGCGUGCGUGUGUGUGGGGGGGUCCUUGUGUUCCCUGUCAACAUAUAAAGUAUGCCUGCAGGUUAGUGUUGAGCAUCUCUGUACAGUUGAAUGUCUAUAUGCUGUAUGUCUGCUGGGAAGUUUGGCCAUAAAACAAAGACUUGCAUAAAUCCAGUUCAAAUAAACCACACAUUAGGACUGGGCCAAUUGGCAAAAAAAUGAUCACAAUAUAUUUUGUCAUAUCGUCCAAUCUUGAUUAUAUCACAUUCUUUUAAAAAAAUUUUAAACAGUCAGUUUUAAAGCAUCUUUACUAAAGACUAAGGAAACUAGAGAUUAGUUAUUAACAUGUUAUUAACAUCUAAAGUAAAAAACAAAGCAAAUUGAAUAAGAUAAACUUAGAAAAAUAUAAAAAACAUUUUAACUCAACAAUACAACAAAUGAUUAUUAAAUAAUACAGUGAAAUAGUUUACAAAUAGUGUUUCUGCAGGUAUGCAAGAGCCAAAAUAAACAAAUGGCUCCCUCAGGGAUAAUGAUGACGCUUUAAAAUGUAAAGAUUAGAUGAUGUAAACGUAAAUGAUACGAUUGAUCGCUGCUUUUGUCUGGUGGCUGCACCACUUGUUGUGGCUUAACUGCUAAUGCUACUUGUGCCGUCAGUGGUGGUAGGCAGUUCAGACACCGCAUUUUCAUGCUUUCUGUGUAAUCACUUGGGAAGUACUUCUCUAUAUGAUUAAACAGAUUUGAUGUGUUGCCAGGUUUUGCGGGCACCGACAGCCAACAUGCCUCGGCUUAAUUGCUCGAUGUCGCGCAAAUCACCGCCACACAGCCAACGUUGAAUAACUUUUCUUCUCAACAACGGCAUCCUUGGAGGAUGACUCAAAGUCAUGGCUGAAAACUAUCUUGCUGCCCUCAGCUCCACGUUUAGCUCCAUGUUCAGUCAUUCUGUUUACUUCUCCAGCAACUUAAACAAGUGAGCAGGAGAAGCUCGACUCUGAUUGGCUGUUGUCGCACACAUUUCCGCUAUGUUUGAUCGAGUAAAUAUGCUCACAAGCUGAUCACCAUGAUCGAACUAAAUUUUAUCACAGUCAUUAAUCACGGUCCCCCAGCCCACCUCACAUAGUAUUAACACACACACACACACACACACACACACACACACACACACACACACACACACACACACACACACACACACACACACACACACACACACACAGUUUAUACACACACAAAUACAUUUCAAUAUGAUACACUCUUGGUGACAGUCCAUUUAGUUUCAUCAUUCUGAACAUUUGUCAGGGGUAACUGUGAUCUGUCUGUCUGCGGUGGUGAUGUUGUUUAUUAACCUGAUGAAUAGCCAUCUCAAUCUUUCAAAACAGACAUGAGCUUAAAUAUUAGAUGACUCAACCCUUUUUCAACACCUGUUUCAGAUGAAUCACCUCCAGACCUGUCCCGUUUGGAAAGUUUCCCAGAGGUUAUGUGGUUUCAGGGAUCAGAUGAAGCUUAUCCCUGAAUCUUUUUUCACAUUAAGUGUAACAUUAAGUUCUUUCAUAAAAGCAGAAUGUAAAUCCUCUCUUGUUGCUCAUCACUGACUGGUACACUCUUUGAGGCCAUCCUUUUUUUACACCUCCAGCUUUAUUUUUACCUCUCUCUUGGUUAUUUGUAUGUAAACAAGUGACACAAAGCAACAAAACUGACUUAAAGUCCCAGUGAGAAACAUUUAGUUUGUGUUGACUUCGGCGCCCCCUGUGGACAAAGCAUACAUUUCUGGCUUCUGAUGGUAAAGGAGAUGACCAUAAGUUAUGUUCAGCUGCUGGUUCUCUGUUAUGGCAAUUAAUAAAUUCAUGACACAGUUUGCGCUAAAACUCCCAACCACAUAGCUGUAACUGUAUGUGUGUGUGUAUGUGUGUGCGCUUGUGUGUGUUUGUCCUGUCAGAGCCCUCUUUUCCUGACUGCUUCCUGUUUCAGAUCCAGGGGUGUGUUCCAUUUCCUUCCUGCACUGCCAUAAUCCUGGACAGGCUUCCUUUUUGUCUUCCAGCUUUAUAAAACCCACUGCGUAUGACUGAGUAUGACUCUGAAUACUGGCAGUGAGUUUCUGUAUUUGUGUUCAAUGUGCAGGUGUUGAUGAGGGUGCACACGGGGCAAUUAGGACAAGGGCUUCUCGGCCAUGUAUUCAUAUGACCUUCUCUCUGUGCAUAAACAUCGGCUGACACCUCUGAGGCCAGACGCAGAUAAGAAAAGACAUGAAGUAACUUUCCCACAGUGUGUCGUCACCGCCUGAGAAAAUCCUGUCACACCCCAGCGGGUUUUUGGUCACCUGCAAUUUUUUUAUCUGUUUUGCUUUUUCCCAAUUCCACCUGAGAAGACUUUACCCUAUGUCACUGAUACCUGAAUAGAGGUCACAGGGUCAAAACCAGAGCUCUUGCAAACUCACAGAGAUGGAGGGAAAGAAAGAAGGCCAUGGCAGUGCCUCUUGUUUUUGCAGUGAGAACUUCUCCAUCAUUGAUGAAGCAGCAUUUUUCUUGCAACACAGGGGAAUGUUUCUGCUUCCCGUCUGGUUGCUGUUGUUUUGACCCCUUCAGACAUUAUUGGCUGCUUGUUGUGCAGAAGUUACAACAGUUUAAGCUUAUUUUGCUGUUUUGUAAUCUGGAUAGAGAGAGAAUGCAGGUUGUUUAUGGGAUGUGACCCAACAGUGUUGCGUGCAACUUUGCUAAAGUGUAAAGUUUAGGUUAAUAGUCAGGUCUGUAUAAGAUAUGGAUGUUUGUUGCUUGGCUUCCCCUUUAGAUGAUCUAUACAGUUUGUUUAGGCACACAUUUAAUCAAUCCUAUAUCUGUUUUGUAUCCGUGUUGUUUUCCACACAAGAAGCCAGUAAAUUGAUCUCUGUCAGAUGGUUUUCUUGUUUAAUUGUAAUGUAAAAAUAAACAAAAGAGUUAUAAGGAAUUUGGGCUCCAUGACAAAAUAUCACAUUUCACCUUUCUUCUGUAUAUGCUCUGGUACUUUUUAGAGCUCCCAUUAAUGAUGGGCCCUUUCAAUUUUCUUAACUCCUCUCUUCCGUCUCUCUGGGUGUUUGUUUGUUUUUUUAAUUUAACCUUUGAAUAACAAGAAGAAAACUUACUGAGAUUGAAAAUCUCUUUUACAAGAGUUAUGAGGACAAGGCAGCCUGCAAAAAAAUAAAUGAAUAAAAAAUAAAAUCAGAUAAAAUAUUGAGGCUUCAGAAAACAGAGUACAACUCACAUCAAGCUGAAAAUUAAUUGUUAACAUAAAUUUAUACACACAUGGUUUUGUGCUGCCAGCUCUCUCAGUGUUUCCAUCUUGCCCUGUUACUGCUCUGUUACUGGGAUGGGACCACCCAGUAUCCCCAUCAUAUCUCCAGGGCAAAGUUAUCCCACUUUUAAAGCUCAAGAGAGGAACUUUCAGUUUAUGUUAAAUUUGGCGCCCCCUGUGGACACAGUAAAAACCCUGUUGUUGUUGCUGAAUUUCUCUUGUCCUUGGUAACGUGGUAUGAAUUUGCAAAAAAAAAUAUCCUUUUCUCUUUCUCUAGUGAAAUCUGUUGCCCACUGUGAUACAAAAACUGAGUUUAGGAUGAUUUGCAAGUUGCGAGCAGUGGUGUCUUUGUAACACAGUCUUUUGGACAACUGAUGUUAUACAAAUAUAGAGAAGAUUGACAGUUAGCAAUCAGUUGGGCUGUAAAAUCCUAGUCGACUGGUAGACUUAUUGGUCGAUAUGUGCUUAGUCAACCAAAAUUCUGAUUGGUCGACUCGAUUUUUUCCAUGUCAAUUUACAGUCUAUGGUUAAUUUCAUCAGGAAGAAUGUACCAAGUGCUAAUGGGGGUGUUUUCAGAGCACCCCUGUUGAUCGGCUGGAGACAAGAAGAUUGAAGAGUGUCCACAUUAAUCAAUGUACGGUGGUUUGCUGAGUAUAAUAUUUGUGUUUUAGUCGACAUAGAAUUUCUUUGGUUGAUUACAGCUCUAGUAAUCAGGAACUUGUGUUUCUUUAAGUUGGACUGUGGAAAUGUGGAAAUAGUUAUAUAAGGUAUAUUCAGGCAGUAUCAUGCUCCCAUCCUUGAAGCUCUGGUCAGUGUAACUGGACUCUCAGGGAUCUUCUCCAGCGUGUUUGAGGGCCUGACUCUGUUUCCCUGUGUGUAUGUGGCUGCCGUAGUUACCACAGGACAAUCUGUCCCCCUAUCUUGUCCUGUGGCAGAGUCCACCCCCGAGCUCUUGUGAGGUACUUUAGGAAAUAUGCUCUUUAACACAGUCCCAGUGUCACACACACAAUCGUCAGAGAGAGAUAGCUGGUAAAUUUAGGCUGGAAAUGUUGUCCUACAUACCCGAGCUAAUGUUUUAUUAACGUUUGGUGUUUCGUUUAUUUUUUCAAUGUCAAAAUGGAAAAAGGAGUGCAUAAAAUCCAGACAGAGGCGAAGCAAAACAGGAAGAAAUCAGCAGCUUUUCUAAAAACAGAUGCUGCAGUCGAGACCGUUAACAAAGACAGGAAUACGACAGUCAUGUGCUGUGGAAGAUGCAGACAGACUAUACGUCUUUUCACAGCUAUUUUCACAUCUAAUUGUUUUGGAUAAAAUUAUCACUCUUUCCAUAUAGGCCCAGCCCCACAGACAGUCCCACUCAGGAGGGAUUUUAACAUGACAGGCCCCUGCACCCAAACACCCUCCGUGAAUAUCCCAUUGAACAGGUUCUGAUUGCAUCAACACUCUUUAUCAAACACCUCAUUCUCACCUCACAAGCCAAAACUUUGUCCUUUCGAUAUCUCACCCACUUCUCCCCUCUUUCAUUCUCUUUCAAACAAAACAGCCUCACAGUAGACCUUCUCCUACACAGCCCACAAAACACCAAACAAUCCCUUAAAGAACGGCCUCCGUCUGGGUUUGAAGACAAAAAACCCAGUCUGUUUUCAGAGGGGGGAAAAAGCACUUUUUAAAGGAAGCUGCUGUUUUUCAGAGUUCAUAGAAAAAACUCACGGAAAACAAAUUUGUCCUCCUUCUUCAACAAUUGUUUCCAUGUGCGGAGGAGAGGCCUCAACAUUUGUUACUUGGAUGAUGCGAUAAAGAAAAGUAGCAGUUAUCGCAGCGUCAAAACCACAAGAUACAAAGAUGAAAACGGUUGAAAAAGACAUUGAAAUUGUCCAGAAAGCUGGAAGUGCAAUGACACAUUCGGCUGUGCGAGAAGUCACUGCCUCCCUGAAGUAGACUGGGGACUUGUCUGCAGACUAUAACUGGGUUGUCUUUUGCAGCAGGGGGCUUCAGAGCGGUACAGAGGGGCCCCUGUUUUCCAUGUGUGCUGGUUAUAUUCGCUGUGUUCCUCUUCAGGCAGGCUGUCAGUAUGUGGAACAGUCAUGGAGAGAGCCUUGGCUCUGGGCUCUCUAUUUUCUUUGCUUUUUUUUCACAGAGCUGAUAUAUUUGCUGGGGUUUGAGCUGUAGCAUCUGUUGCUUUGAGGGGGCCUGCUAUUUAUCAAACUGAAGCCGAGUCUGCUGGGAGCAAAAAAGGGAAAGAGACAUGGCUUACUAUGUAGGUUAACCCCCCUUCUUUCUCCCUGCGUCGUGCGUACUCCCCCUUUUUCUCUUUCUCUCCCAAUCUCAAGACUUGUUAUUGAGGGCUGUGUUUGUGCGAUGAGAAUAACUCAAACGACGCUACGAAAGGAGGGAGGAAAAACAUGAAGGGUUGUAAGUGGCUUACUUUAUUACCUACAGCUCCCCAGCGGUGUCAUAGUUGACUGCAUGAAAAAAUCUUUACACAACCACUUGGCACCUGAUGUUGUUUUUCGAAACUCAAAUGCAGAUUGGCCUCCGGCUUUUCAGGAAUCCGCCAACAAGUUCUUAGAAGACUAUACUGAGGGAGAGAGGAACUUGAAAGUUUGGUUUUAAUCCUGGGCACAUUGGAGCAAUGAAAAUUUGGUGUAUUGUUUGUUUUUGUUCAUCUCAAGCCCCUCAGAAGCCCACUUACAUAUCUGGACUUGUCGGACACCCUUAACAAGUUCUUUUGUUUGUUUUUUAAGACUUUGCGUGUACACACAUCACUGCAGAAAAACACACACGCACGCACACACACACAAGCUCGACCCGGACUUAUGCAGGCCCUUAGGCGUGCUGUGAAAUCUCCUUUGGCCACAUUCUUCUUUACUGUCCUGUUGACAAGUGCAGCGAUGGAGGUGGGGUGGGGGGGUAGGGUGUCUGAAGGCUGUGAUGAAAGGCAACAGGAGGACAAAUUAACAAUGGAGAGGAGGAGCAAGAGGAGGUGAAUAGCAACUGAAAGCAACAGGUAUUGAUUGACAGAGUGGAAGUAAACAGGUGGACUGAAAAGACCGGAAACUGUCCUAAGGGUGGACUUGAGAGCAGACAGAGGUUACAUAUCUAAUCCAUGCAUGGAUAGUCCUCUUUAUGACCCACUUUUGCUUUAAGCGGUCCUUUGCUUCACCUUUCCCUGCUUUUCUUUCCAUACCUCCUUCGCCCCACUUUCCCUGUUUGCACUCUCGUACUUUUCCCUUUUUUUCCGUUCAAUCUCUCUCCCUCUUUUUCUCUCUCCCACUCUUCCCCCUCUCAUACCUCCACUGUGAUGUAACUCCCUCUGACAAACAUGUUUUCUUGAAGGAGGCGCUCACAGAGGCUCCAUUCAUGCUAAGUUGUUUUCUGCGCUUUUACAUCUUUUUUACACAAGAGCACAAAUAGCUCACAUGUCUCCGCUGCCUUCGACCAACCUUCUGCAGCACGAAUAUCCUCUAUUUAUGUCAAAUGAGUCCUGCUGCUGGUUUUGCAACUCCAAAACAUGCCCCCUGACACGCUAGAGGAAGAAAAUGCAGGUCUGUAACAUAAGAUUAGCUCAAUGCUUCUCACAUACAGAAGGCACUUCCUCUUGUUUCGCUCUCCCUAUGCACGCACAAAUGUAUGUUUUCCAAUCGAAACUUCAAGCUAACAACCCAACAACUUGUCAACAGGAUGUGAAACCUCCCUCUCUUGCUUGUUUCCCUGCUUCUUCUCCUAUCAGAGCUGACCUUUCUCCUACUUUUGCCUUUUUUCUCUUUGUCUAAAGUCACUCUCCGCCUCCACUGAGUGUUUUUGGUUCAUCCGAGUUCGUUUGGUUGACUUCUUGAGCCCUGUGGCAUUCAUUUCGAGCACCUCUGAAAGCAAUACCUUCCCCCCCUCUGGGCAAACUGUGCGCUUCACUCAGUACGCCCAGGCCGGGGGGAAACUUUCCAUUUCUGCGCCGUAACUCCGUGCAGACUCGCAGGGAAUCAGUGUUCAGCUCAUUUGCUUUAUGGGUUGUGGCUGAGUCAUUCCCAUGUACUUGGUGAGAGGUGUUUCGCUGGGAGAUCACUCUGCUGAGCCCCCUUACUCCUUCUCACCCCUCCUCACCCCCCCAACUCCACCUCCACCUCCCUCCUUGCCGGUGUUAGUGGAAGGGAAGAUGACCAUCUGCUGCCCCAGUUGCCCAGUGACUGGACAACAGCCUUCCCUUAUGGCACAGUUCCACUGUCCAUUGUCUGUUUAAGACUGUGUAUAUAUGUGUGUGUAUGUGUGUGAGCUAGUGCACUGCAUUUAAAAUGUGUGGGAGGGAUUGUGUGCUUACCUUUUAUGUGUGAGUGUUGAAGUUUGUCCUAAUUUGUCUUUGUGUAUGUGCCUCUGUGCAGACAAGUGUGUGUGUGUGUUUGAUUGUACCUCAAGGAGAGCCAAGUAUUGUGUGGCUCUUUCCUGUGGGAGUCGCACCCUCACCCAGCAGGAUGGUCCUCCGUGCAGUGUGAGCUGACUGAGCCCUACAGUCGGGUUAGUGGAGGGUCAGAGAUUUUUAAGGCUACAGGCCAACAUCGACGGCGCAUCAAGAGAAUAGAUUUCCUCUCCAGACAUGUGUGCAGGAUCACACACACACACAUACACAGUGACAGACAAUGAUACACACGCACCCAUGCAGGCUAUUGUGUCGAGUAAAAAGGGCUCAUCAUUAUCUUUCAUGAACUUGCUGGGGAAAUAGUGUGCAAAAGGUUAACAGGUCAGGUUGAGUCCACAGUGUCCACAUAAACACUGAAAAAAAAAAUAAAAUGGAUGCAUUCUUCACUUUAAAAAACCUCACAAGCCUGAAAUUGAAGUGGCGUUACAGGGAGGUAGUUAAAAGAAGCUAAAUGUUUUGAUUUAAAGUUAUGUAUUUUAGGAUCUUGUGCUUUUAUGCAGAGAAGAUAGGAAAGUGGAAAGUGGGACAAAGGAUACCAUGCAGGAAAGAGGCCACAGGUUGGAAUCAAAUGCAGGCCACUGGCUUGAGAACUAGCCUCUGUUUAUAGGGCAUGCAACUUAACCACCAGGAACUUCUCAAAAGUAAGUCAAUAGGGACUUUUAAAACACGUUGAAAUAUUAGUCCCACUUAGAUCACACUAUCAAACUUCUCAUAGUCAAAUUAACAUGUCUAGUUAAUGCUGUUGGGGAUUGACUCUUUUAUGUUAAUAUGCCUCAGUCGAAAUUAAGGCUAAUUUAUGCUCUCCAUACGUAUGAAAAUGUACAUGUUGGUUUUAAACAAUGGUUCCGUCACUGCCCGCAUACUUCCAUGUGUCCUUUGCGUUUCUGACAACAAUAAGCUAGUGAUAAUGUACAUUUUGCAUAGGAGACAGAAACCGAGGCAGCGUUCGGUCAGGCCAUGAAAUGCCUCGUGGUUGAAGGACGGAGAAUUCUUUUCUCUAGUCGUACCGAUGAAGGAAAUUGACGAGGAGCCUCAAAAAGCCCCGCUAUUGUUUUCUUUGUUUCUCUCUAGAGCUGCGUAUCGGGAAGUGACAGCUGCAACACUGCCCCCAUGGUUUCCGGUGGUACUGCUCCUUCUGGCCAGUAUCUGUAAACUUCAAGGAUAUAUGCAGAAAUAUGGAUGAAAAGGAUGUGAAGCACGGACGGAGAGCUCCGUCUGUAUCUGGAUCCAUAUGAGACGUUGAGCAUAAAUUAGCCUUUAAACUGGCCUAAGAGUUUUGCACAUGCUGCAGUGUUCACAAGCUGGGCCUUUUGCUGGAAGUAAUAGCACAAAUACAUUUUGUCAUCAAUGUAAAGAAGAUUGCAUUCGCAGAACAUUUAGAUGUAAAGAGCUGUACCACUCCUUCAAUCACAAUGUUAGAUGUUGAUUUGCAAGACGAUGAUUGGCUUAGCUGAGAAUAAAGAGUACUAACAGGUGAACAAAGCCAGCUUUGCUCCGGUGUGAAGGUGACCAGCGACCCCUCACGACCUCCUAAGCUCACUAAUAAACAUGAGAUAUCCUGUUUGUAUAAUCUGUGCAAAACAACAAGCUAAACUAAUCUAAGCUUUCAAACCCAUGGCUGUACCUUCAAACUUGGACUGAUCUUGAUUUACUAAAACAACUCAGGUCAGAAUGUUUUUCGGACGCAUCAUCUGUGUACUCUUUCUUAAUUGAACAAUAAUGGGAUUAAAAGCGGCGGUAACACUGAUUAAAGAGAAUCUUAAUUUGAUACUUCAAACGGUUGUACGAGCUGGAGGCAGUGAGUGCUGUUUUAACAUUCAGUAACUGAUUCAAUCAAAGAUAAUGAAUUAGCCUCGUCAAAGACAAAUACAUGCCUUUCUAGUGAGAUUGACUGAUUGUUUGACUGUCGUUGCUUAUCACUUCAUCCCAGCCAUCGUGGCAUAUAAGACAGGGCCUACUCUGCUCUGUACCAUUUGGUGCCUUCACAGGACGUGGAUGACAGACAGAUAGACAGACUGCGCCUCAGGUGAGCAUUGACAAUAAGUGCAGAGGGGAUUUGUCUUUGUUUGUUUCCUCUUACUUGCUAAAAAACUGAAAGAUCUGCCGUGGCUAACCACAGGCUGCUCAUAUCAAGAGAAAUAUACAGUACGUGAUCAUGAAACCUGACCUGCUCUGUGUGGAAAACUUAACGCCCACUCAAAUAUGUGUUUUUGUAUUAGUCACACAGUGUGCUAAGAUUUUUUUUUCUUAACUCUGCAUUUAAAAUCAAGAGUCAGUUUUUCACUUUCUGAUGGCAGAUUUUUCUCUUACUGUCUUUAGUUUGUGUGAAAUGAAACAGCGUGAGAGUGUUUGAUAGUCUUCUCACCUUCAGUUUCCAUUUUCGUCCUGAUUCCCUCUCCUUCCUGUUGCACUUUGUGCCUCUCUUAUAAUGGGUACAGAUGAUUCAGGACUGUACUAAGCUCAGUUACCUAUUAUUCUUCAUUCAGUUAGCUGCCUUGCUAGCAUUGAUCGGGGAAAACAGUGGCAAUCUUAGAGCCGUGCUGAUGAAACUUUCUCUGACAGCCAUCUGGCAGAGAAAGCAUGCCUGGAGCGAUGCAUUUUUGCUGCUCAGCUGAAAAAACGCUGCAAGCACACCAAGUUACAGUUAUGUCAAUGAGACUUAAACAUUGAGCUGCAUAUAGUUUGAGACAUCCGUAUUUUCAGGCUCCACUUUUUCAUUUUUACUACCUUUGCAAACCCCAGAUUGAUUGCAUAAUAAUAAACUGUUGAACGGGCAGCAGAAACUGGCAGGGAACACAGAGGUUGACAAAUGCUCCUGAGGAGGCAGAGGGAUCAGGGGAGAUUUGUGGAUUGGUGCUGAGCCAUGCUGCUUUGGUUUUAAGGUGUGCAUGUGUGUGUUUGUGUGGGAAACCUGAUAGAAAUCUGAUUUGGCAGAGCCAUUAUCCCCUUUAGACUUCAACAGUAGGGCCUGCACUGUGCUGUGGCCACCACUAAUCCCAUAAUGGGCUGACUCUGCACCGAGGCCGCACACACACUCUGUUCCCCUCAGUGAGAACUGUGACAGCGGCUCUGUUUCUCCCCACGUAUGUGCUUGUGUAGAGUGUGUAGAGUGUGUGUUUGUGUGGGCCCUCUCAGGUGAGUGGUCACAGAUAGGUAAUCUAGUGUACAGAGUCAUCGAUUUUCCCGCUGCACAGGAAGUGGCUGGUUAUUGAUUCUCAGGGACAAUGAUGUCACUCCAGACGGUGCGGGCUGUUUACUUAUCCAUGAUAAGGUCCGAGGCGCUUUCUCUUCGCGCGCUGAUCAAAUAAUCCUCUCCCCCCUGUCCUCUUACCUUUUAUCACUCUUCUCCCAUCACUCUUUCCACCCUCCAUCUUUUCAUUCAAAGUGGAUGCCCCCUUUAACCCUCAUGUCCAUUAUGUGUGACAUAAUCACUGAUGAGGGUCACUUAUCAGAGCUGGCUGCAUUUCUUGUCUGAUUACAGUCUUUAUUGCAUUUCUUAUCACAUAUGAGCGACACUAAUGUCUUCUUUGUCGGAAAGAAUACAUGCAGCAUUUUAAUUUGAGGAUUUGUCUAGUUUGGAAAGGUUUGCUCAUAUUUAUAUAUAUGUAUAUGAGGUCUGAAAGUAGGAUUAUUGGCCAAACCAGCAGAGUCUGAGCACCAAGAGACCUGAGUGGGAACAUCCACCCAUCUUUGUGUUUUAUCAUAAACUUGGAUCAACUUAGUAUCCUCUUGAGUGCUCGUCCUUCAGGUGGAAUCUUAUUCUGAUGACCUCCUUUCUUUUCCCAUUUUCAGAAUUGCAUAGACACUUAAAAGCUUACAUCACUCGUGACUUGCCGCAGUACAAACUCCAAGUAAACCAAAGAAUGUACCAUUACUGCUCAUCAGCUUACUUGUAGGUUAAUUGACUUUUAUCAAGAAUGACACCCAUAGGAACACUGCCAGACCUCCUGGCGGUGCUGAUACAAUGGUGUCCACCUUCUUUGGUUAUGUAAGACCACUUAUUGUGCAUCAGUGCACAGUGGGGUUUUCUGUUCAACUGUUUCCCUCACUUAAAAGUAUAAAGAAAUUAGAACCAAAAUCUCCAUAGAAAUCACUUCAAUUAUUAAUGCGCAUCUGUAUUCAUCUGCGGACAUAGCAAUAUUUCAUCACCAUAGAAACAUACACUUGUGAGUAAAUGCGACAUUGGACAGGAGCUAUUUUAUCUCCUAAUUUUAUCUGACACUUGGAAACUUGCAAAAUAUUUAAGUCAGAUUUGAGUCCACAACAUUACUGAUACAGGGGAGUUUCGGUUGUUGGUUUGUUCUUCUGUUGGUCCAACUGACCUGUAAUUGAUUAACCACAGAGCAAAUAUAUCUAACACUACCUGUGGCAUGAGGUCCACACACACACACACACACACACACACACACACACACACACACACACACACACACACACACACACACACACACACACACACACACACACACAUAUUUUAGUCAGGGUUAUGAGGUCCAUGAAGAGUUUGUAAAGGUAGAGAUACAGGAUAUACACAAACUCUACAUUUUAAUUAAUGAGAUGUUUUAAAGUUGUCACGAUUGAUCUUUUAGCUAAAACAAAACAAUGGUGCUGUCUUUUCUAACAUACCCACUAAGAUUUAAAUUUUGUUCGUUUAUUUAUUUAUUAAUCCACUGUGUAAUUAGGUAGACAUGUAAAUGACUCAGCAUGUCAGGUUUCAUCAGACCUAUGUUCAUAUUUUUGGACCCGAAGAUAAAGUGCCUGUGCAAGCAUUUUCUGCAUUUUUUCCACUGUUGCUUGGCACAGUACUGAUCUCAUGAUCUCGUGUCAUGUGCUUGCCUUUUCAUAUUUAAAGGAACUGUCUGCGUAUGGUCUAAAGAGAGAAAAAGCAUGCAUGUACAUGUGCCAUGAGUUUGUGUAUGUUGGUACUUGUUCCUCUUGUGUUUGCACACAUUGAGCCUGCUGGCUUCUCUGGGUAUUUUCUCCUGUAAAACAGGCCAUAUCAGCUUUCGGCCCAUUAGAAAGUACAUGCACUGUUACUUUCUGCCAUUGACCUUUGAUAAGCUUGUUGAUUCCUGGUAGAAAUUUUGGGUACUCAUAGGUAUUUUUGGAAAAGAGUUUAACCAAGAGAGAAAAAUAAAACAGAUGAGGGUCAGUUAAAGGAAUAGACAGUAUUUCUGAAAUAAUGUGUUUACUUAAUAACAUUCAGAACUAGAAAGAUCACACAAAUAUAUUUGGUUUUCUACACUCUGUAGUAGGGAUGGGCGAUAAAUUAUCGUUCACGAUAAAUCGUCAGAAAAAUCCUCCAUGAUAAAUAUUUGCCAUCUCAUGAUAAAUACGAUGAAUGCAAGUUGAUAAUAAUAAUAAUAAUAAUACAUUUUAUUUGGAGCGCCUUUCAUGUAACAUAAGCACAAGUGGCGGACUCACAGCCAUAGCCCAAACAGAGCAGAAUAACAAACAAACAUGCCCGAAGGUAAUGAAGAAGAUGUUUCUGAGCAGCUUGUUACUGAACAAAGCUCCACAUGAGGAAUUUCCUUCAAGAUUGGGGCUUUGACAAGUGAAAUCAGGUAUGCCUUACAUCGGACAGUGGAUCUGCUGCUGUUCACUCUGUGCAAUAAGAGUUUUCUCCAUAAUCAACCAUUUAAACUUGUGGUUAAGUAUCUUUUUUUGAUGACUCUAGCUGGUAUUCUCAAGACAAAAUGAGUCAAAAAUAUAGAUUGGAUUUAUUUAUUUUUUUUCUUGACUUUAAUAGUUAUCGCCAGAAUGGCAAAUCUUAAUGUGAUAAAUUUUUUCACCCCAUAUCGCCCAUUACAAGUUGAAAAUAUAUCUGAAAUAAUGCUGUUACUUAAUAACCUACAAUACUGGAAAGGCUGCCCCAAUAUAUUUGAUUUAUUAAACUCUGUUGCCAUCAAUAAUGCAAAUAGUCUAAAAAACCUAAAGGCCUUUUCUGGUUUAAAGAUAGCUUUACUUGUUCCUUGCACAGAAAUGUACCUCAUUCAUGCAAGAAUAUCUGAUGUCUAACAACAGCCUAAGAGUAAAAAAAACUCUGGUUUGGUUUGUCCACAUAUUGAAGUCACAUACAGUAUAUUUCUUACGAGAGAAAUAUUCAGUGACUGACAGAUGUUUCUAUUUUGCUUUCAAAAUCACAAACUAACAUAGCAAUGAAGGGAUUUGAUCUAACUGUGUUUUUAAGCACCAAUAGUUAGCAUCUGGCUUGCAAUCUUACCUCCUGUUGUAGUCACCUAGAGUAACCUUCACAGCAAUAAAAAUUAAGCAUUGCACAAGUUUAUGGUUUUAUAGUUUGAGUAUUAAAAACAUUUUGUUCAUGGGGGACUUUCCAGUGGGUUUCAUUUCCAACAAAGCCCUGCCUUUAUGCCUCCUGACAGUUUAAAAUAGUAUUAGCAGGUUUUGGACUCCUCUCUACGGGGUUUGGGAAAAUGUCUCCAACUGCAACCUCAGUUUUAAUGCUUUAAUUCCCAAACAGUAAAUGAGAAAGACAAACAAGGAUUGGAGCUAAUGUUAACUUUAAUUAGCAAUCUAGUAUAAAGUGAUGAAAUCAGUUUGUAAAAGUUGUUUGUUCAACUGCGACCCAUUGUUUGACACAUUACCUAAACAUGGGAGGGUAAUGUUUGCCACCUUUAUCACCCAUCUGGCCUUUGUCUUAUAAUGAAUGAGGGGGAGCUGUAGGAAUCAGUGAUUUACUCAAUCAGGCAGACAGGAAAAAAAAACUUAACAUCACCUAAAGUCAUCUAAAAACGUGUCACAGAGUAAAACAAAAAGGGAAAGGACCCAAAAUGCAGACAAAAAAGAUUUAUUUACAUCGACACAUCGACAUACAAUGAACCAACAAGGACAGAGGGGAAGACAGAGACUAGAUACACACAAGGAAACGAGCAACAAGUGAGCAAACAAGACACAGGUGAAACUCAUGGGUGAUUAAUGAAGGAGGGAAAACCAGGGAAGUAAAACCAGACUAGAAACUCAAGGGAUAUCUAAAGAAGGGUCAAACACAAACUAAAAAUUCACAAGACAGGAACAAUAGGGAACAGAAACACUCGGGAAAAUACCUAAAAUGCCCUCAAAUAAAACCAGGACAAAACUAAAUAAAGAGAACAUAUGACACAAUGUGUGUUGAAGUACCUUCACUUUUUACUGUACUUCCCAUCUUUGAAGUUCAACGUCUCAUUACACAUCCACAUCUUGAAAUAAUCUCUUCAAUGUGCUUGAAUAAUUAUUGUGGAAAAGAAAAGUGAAUAGGACAGAGACCAGGGCGAUCGGGUUCCCCUGCAAUCAAACAGACAUUUAAUAAACCGUUAAACAUUCAUAAGGCAGCCGCCAUGACUUCGCACCUCAAUGAGCCUGUGCCAGCGUUUUUGUUCUGCCAUUCAGGACUGGGCUCAUUGUUUAUUAAUGAAGUAACACGACCCCGUCAAAAUGUUUUGGAGGGCAAUGAUUGGGUCGUAUCACUUCCUUCCCCCUUCACAUCCACCGGGUGCAAUCAAAAUGAUUGUGGUGAAGGGUACAGGUGGUGAAGACAGAAAAGGGGGAAAAAGAGAAGGGCAGAAGUGAAACUGACGAAAGUAACUGUCAUCCCUUACAUUUUAUUCGACUAUAUUUGCACGUCAGCAUUCAACUCGGAUAUGACGGUGACAGCUGUUUGAGAAAUGCUGACUCCACUUUGAAAUAUGACCUAUUGUUAUUUCAGUUGCCAAUUAAUCAGAAGUCAAACCGAUGACUAUUAAACAUUUGAACAACUUAACUGAAAUACUCGAGCACUACAAGUAAGCAAGUGCAAAGCUCAACAUUCAAGCCUCACACAUGCCUGAGUGUGAUCUCAAAUGAAAAUGACUGCUGUUGGCACAUAGGUAUCUAAACGCAGAGUGCAAUCCUUUCAGAUUUUUACUGUACCCUGUAUGAUGUGUUACAUCAGACUUCAUCAGUUUCUGCUUCUGUCUCCUGUCUUAGCUGGUCUACCUCAAACUGAAGACAGUCAACCCUCUUUGCUCUGUUACAUAAAAAGACAUGACUGACUCAUUUGUUUUCUAUGAGCAGCCUCACAGACGUGGAAAAACUGUUUUUUUGCUCGGCUCAUCAGCCUUUGAAUCAAACCACCCUCUCUGAUCACCGGUUAAAAGUGUCUGAAGCUCUAAGCCGCUGCGAGGAGGACCUUGUUAUUUGUCGGUGUUCUUGGGAAUGAAUCAUCUCCUUUUCUAUAUUCUCACACAAACAGGUGAAGGGUCUGAUCUUUUGUGUCAGGUUUACAGUGGCCAUUAUCAAUUAUAGGCCGAUGAUCAACAGCUUUUUGGCUAGGCUCCCGGUGACAUGAGUCAUUUUUCUUUAUGCGCAGUCAGCAGAAUCUGAGGUCUUUUGCACAGAGCGAGAUAGAGAGAGAGAAAGGGAGAGAGAAAAAAACAGCUGUGCAUGCCAGAAGGCACACAGCAGUGUCAGACCAGAGGGGCUGUUUUUCUUUGGGGCUGUUUGAGACCUGAUGGUGCUUUGAGGUCAGCAAUAUUAGCCUUGUGCUUUUGGAUAACACGAACAGUAGAGAUAAACUAGCCCCAGAUUUCAAAGUGCACGUCUUCUGUACCUGAAACAGAGGUUGAAGUUUUACCUUUUGAAGCUUUUGCCUCACCCUCUGGCAUUUUCCAUCAGUAAACCUGAUGAAGAGUUGUUUUUUAGAGGAAAAGAGAGAGGACAGAGAUUUUGCAUUGAUUCGCAGUGGUUGUGUCAUAUCAGGCUAAAGAUAGCAGGGGAAGGGCUUGGUAUUUUCUGUUUUUCUAUGGGAUCUUUUCUCUUGCAGCCUGUUGUAUUGUGACAGCUGCCCUCUCCCUGUUAGAAUAACAUCCCCGGGAACUCACUCUUCCUCACGUGCACACAAAGGUUGCAGACCAACACCUCUUCCCCUGGCCUGUAACCCUCCACACUCCUGAUUUUUUGGGAGGACUGUACAGACAUGAUUACGCCACUCAUAAAAGAGGGUUAUCUUUUGUCCCCCUUUCCCCCUCAGUCUUUCUCUUUUUUUUCCCCGUGUUCUCACUGAGUUCUCCUGCAGUUCCUCUACAUUUCAUGGAAUCCAGGGAACGCUGCUUCCUCCCAGUGUUGGUGUGCGCUGGUCCAAGGCCCGCCGGUCUGGGAGAUUGGGGGGGCAGGCCUCUCUACUCAGGAAGGCCGGCGCUUGGCGAGACCACUGCACUCUGAUAGCUUGCCAGAAUACACACAGAUCAGUGAAGAGGUGACUGGGAAAAAAAGGAGAAGAAUAGGGAGCGAGGGAGCCAAAGAGGGCAACUCUGGUCAAGAAUCUUUCAACUUUGGCUCUUCAGUCUUGACAGAAGUGAAAAGAAAGCCAGGAAAAAUCACAGUCUGCUUUUGAAACUCUUAAUUAUGUUAUCAACAGAUUUCAGAAAAUUUGCACGACAUAGAGAUGGUUAUUGUUGCUUUUUAAAAGGAGACAAAAGUCUGCAGGAUGUUGCAGCUGGACAGGUAAGGGUUAAACCUCCAGUCUGCUCAGUUAAACACUGAUAGAGGAACAGGCUAAAACCCAAAGCCUUGUUUAGAAAGCAGGGAGGGGGAUACUGUCCUAGUCCUCUGUUUUUUUCAUACUGAAUGGGGGCCAAGAUUUAAAAAACCUCAAGUUAAGGUACUUUUUAAAGUAUAAGAAAAAGUUUCUGCAGGUUUUAGGGUAACGUGUUUACACAGAGAGCAAAAGUCUACAGUUGUUUUUUUACACCAGAGCUGCUGUUGUGAGUACGGCCACGCUAAAACAUGUGGUUUUGUGUUUUUUCUAUGAAGUAUGGAGAAAUUUGUUUUUGCCACUUUUUGUCAGACUAUCCGAAAUGGACAGAAAUUACAACUGAGCAAACACAUCAACAAUCUAAAUUACUUUCUAUGAAACAGACCAGAUUGGUUUGUUCAGUGAACUUCAUACCACAGCAAAACUUUUUUUCAACCCUGUUUUUUUUUUUAAGAGAAACAGGAGAGGCAGAGAGAGUGAGCACAGAAGAUUGGCUCCUCUGACUGUUGUUCUGCGCUCUGAUUGGGUGAAGCCUGUUGCUAGGCUUGUGUCAGGGUUAGAAAGUUUUCUGCUUCCUCUCCUCUGCGCUCUGAUAGGUUGGGCUUGAACCGGUCUGGUGGACUUUUCUGCCACUUGUUGAACAUCCCCGCAGUUUUUUUGCGGUUCCCUCUCGUCUAACUGCAUGAGAAAACACAGCAGCCGCAGCAGCAGCACAGAAACACAUGUGUGCAGUUUACCCUGGCAUGGCUUCCUCUCUCUCUGUUUUUUAAUCUCGUCAAGUUUUAUCACCCUCUUUAUUGGUUUGAGGCUGUUGUUAAUUCUGCUCCACACUUAAGAAGGAAAAACAACUGCUGUAGUGAGCAUCUGAGAGUGGCUGCCAUACUUGGUGACUUAUAAAAAGUUUAGUGAACUAAUUCCUGACAGUAGAUCUUAAUGAAACAGCUACUUUACUGUAAACCUAAUUGUUUGUCCAACAUUUAGCAUCCACUUUUUUUACCACUUUGUACAGUCAUAUAUUUUCUAUCCUUAUUACUCUGUUUUUAAAGUAGUCAAACAACAAGGCAGCUGUUGAAUGUAUCUGUGUACUGGUGUUAUCCAUAAAACCCCUGGGUCUGAGACAGCCUGACUGAGUGGGCCUGCUACAUUUUAGAAGUAUCUCUGUUUUUUUGGGGGGGUAGAGCAAAUCAGAUCUCACCAUCCCAUAAGAUGGAUAGUCAAAGAAGAGAAAAAUAUUAAUAUUUUGACUCGAAACAAAGACUAGAAAGUUGGUAAAGUUGCACUUAGCACUGAAAAUACAGUAUAAAAGACUCUUAGAAGUGAAGUUCAUCUAACACGUGAUCAAACUUUUUGGAGCUGGUACCACAUGUUGACUCAUCCAGAACCAAGUUACCGUCCUUUUGUUUAACUGCUGCAGCUCCUAGCAAGUCUGGACAUGUCGUGGCUGUCACUUCUUUUAAUGAUUCUCAUUGUGCUAGAGUGACACGAUGGGGGCGGUGAUAUUUAAAAUAGGUCAGCAACAACUCAACUGUUUCCGCCCUAACAAAGUACUGAAAGUGACUACUUUCUGUACCUUGAAAUAUCGCUGGUUUUUAUUUGUUAGCCAUAUACGUAGUUGUACCUUAUGAUAUUGCAAAGCAUUCCUCCAGAAUUUUACCUGCAGUUGUUUUUUGGGAGCAGCUGAACCAAGAAGCCCUGCAUGACAGCCUUAUGUCACAUCAUAAAAACUGGAACACGGCAGUUCAGCUUUACAAUAGCUUUUAAGCUGCUUCACGUUUUGUUGAUGGUCAUCUUUUCAAACCACAUGUGGCUGAAGACACAGCUUUGAAACUUGUAGCUCAUGCCUGCUCCUCUGUGAAUAACUACACACUGAUGGUUUUCUUUCUCAGGUACUUAUUAAGAGCCUCUGACCUCUGGUUCUUGCAUUGUGUGCCUAUGUAACUUUUCCUGAACAACAGCCCCUGUGGCUGUAAGAAACGUUUACGGGAUUAUGUGAAAUAAUACGUCUUGGCACGAGCACAGAAGAGCCACAGAAUCAGGGAAGUAAAAAAGUGCAGAGUUUGCUGAAAUAGACCAUCAUCAUCAUGAAUGAGACUUCCAGUUCGUAUAUCCAGACUUCAAUUAUUUCUUCUGAAAUAUACCUGCUUUCACUGAAAAGAUGCUUUACUCUGAGGGAAAUUGGGUCAAAAAAGCUGUAUGAUAAGGAAAAAAGUUUCACAAAAUGUCCUCCAAAAUGCAUGUAAAACUUUAGUACGAAUCCAAGCUAUGACUUGUAAUGGUGAUAUUUUAUUACUAUUAGUGUAAGAGUGGAAAUGUGUCCAUUGUUCAGGCUUUUCCUUUAGCAGAUCAUUAUCUGAUGAUACAUGCUCUGUUAAAACAAAUCUGAGAUGAUUCCCUUCCCUUCCAGGAGCCUUUUCGACAUAAUAGUUAAUCUUCCCAAUGUUGUCCUAACCCCUUUACUGCGAACGCCCCACACAUGCCGCACACAGACACAUUCACACAGUUGCCGGUUUAUCUUCUACAUCAGCUAAUGAGUCAUGUUGUCCAUGAGGUGAUUUACUGCAACACCUUCAUAAAGAGUAGUUUGCUCGCAGAAAUUACACCAUUCAAAUUCACAGAAGGUGACAUCUACAGGUGGAAAAAAUAUGUUCGACCCAAUUUAAAGCAUUUGCUUCUAUGAUAUUUACUUUAAAGGGAUAUUCUGGCAUAAAUUUAAGUUAGGGUCAAACACACCAUAAAACCGAGUUAAACACCCCUUCGAGAAAUAAAUGUUGCCGACUGCUUGCUUCUCUAGUUACACCCACUUCAGCAACAUCCGCACGAUAGCAAUACAUGGUGGUCUACGUCUCCACGCGCAAACCUCAACCAAAAAGCCACUCAUAGUGGAGUGGAAGAGCCACGGAAUCAGGUGUGCAGUGGACCAUUUCCUUGAAGUAAUAAUCAUCAUUAUAAUCAAACUGUACUGCAGAGUUCUUCUGCCUUAGCAUCUCGGUUUGAUUACAUUACUAUGAAGUAAUAAUCAUAAAUAUCCUUCCUUGAGCUGUGAAACUCUGCUGCACUCAGUGAUCGACUCAUCAGGGCUCCCCCACAAUCAAGCGGCUGCUGGAGGAGAGUGGGUGAGUUGUGUUUAGUCUCUUUGCUUAAGAAAUCAGGCAAAGCUACAAAGAUGUUUGGUGGGUAGUACUGUGGCUGGGACCUUAUAUGUACUGUUGAUGAAGUUAGGUGCUGUUCUGAGCAUUAUUUGUGGCUAUAGAGUGGCUUUUUGGUUGAGGUUUGCGUAUGUAGACGUAGACUGCUGUGUAUUGCUAUUGUGCGGUCAUUGCUGAAGUUGGUAUAACUAGAAAAGUAAGCAGUCAGCAACAUUCGGUGUUAUGGUGUGUUGGACUAUAACUUAAAUUUACGCCUGAAUAUCUCUUUGAUAGACGUAAAACCACCAGCCUGUUCUGUAUAUUUGCGCACUUUGUAGAUUGUCCCUGCACACUCAAGACACAGCUGGCAGUUGAUAUGCUAAACUUAAGGAUGUAACUAUUUGUAAUGAGUAAAAUUGGCUAUAAACGAUGAGAGAACAUUUUCUGAAUAGGAGUCUCGAAACAAAAAGCAAUACUUAUUUGAAGGAGCUUCCCAAGAAACCUUUGGGUUGAAAUAUCAUGAAAUGAGAUUCAUAUUUGGACCUGAUAUUUGGGGUAGAGAUGAGGCAAAUUCACUUGCUAAGAUUUUUAUUAAUUGAUUUUUUUUUUUUUUUGCAGUGUACGUAAUAGCUUUGAUCCAGUGUGCUUGUUGAUGGAAAGCUUGUAUGAUUUUUACGCAGUAACGAACGCUAAAUGGAAUGUAACAAGGUGCACUACUUACCCAAGAAAAAACCCAAGUUAAAAUGUUUAUUUAAAAACCAUUCAUAAGAGUACAGUAGGGAAAUAAGCUUCUCAGUUAAAGUGUUGAGAGUGUAAUUAGUUAAAGCCCUGGUGACAUCAAAACACCGAGUUAUCUGAAGAUGAAGGUUUCAGACUCCCCUGUGACACCUGCAAUGUGGUUUUCGUAAGUCACACUGUGUUCUGAACACACUUUAGAGGUUACCACAGAACACACAGUGUUUCAGGUUGUAAUUCAAGUGAGGAACAAUAUAUUGAUUACCAGAGUCAAAUAUUUUCUCAUGGUCUUUAUUUGUGUCAAUAACAGAGACAUGAAAUAAAGUCCAAUGAUUCAGGCAAGGUCAGCACUGUAGGUAAAAUUUACAGGGAAUCUAGAACUGGAUGUAUAUUUUCACAGAAACACAAUAACUCCAGGGCCCUUUUCUGAUUCUUUCCAGGACUUUUUUUUAAUCUUUCUUUAGAGUUUGACCACAAAAGCUUCUUAUAAUUUCAUGUAACGUGUUUACAGACUCAGGUUUGCUUUUACAUAACCCAGCACUUUGUUCCAAUUAUGAAACUGCCACCGAUAAACUCCAGAUAUAAUCAAAGUCUUGAUUCAAGAAGCAGAUAUGUCUGGACCACUGCACUCACACAUACUGUACAUUGUACUUACUCCUGAUGUGGGUACAUUAUAGCCUCACACAGCAUUCAGUCGGUGCGUGCUCCCUUACAAUAGUGUUGGGCCCUGUCCACGAGGCCUAAGCGCUUUUUAUGUGAAAAGGUUUCGUCGUGUCGUAAGCCCCUAACGCUGACCAGCCUCUUCUGCAGCUUUGCUGAGCCAUGGGGCUCCCAGCAGCCCCAGUAGUGCUGACUCCAGCCCUGGGAACAUGUUUACAGCUGCCCCGCACCCCAUCCUGUGGCAUCAGGAGAGGGACCAUGGAAGGGAGGGGUGGUUUGGGGGGUGGUUGGCUCGAUCCACACAAUGAACCUGCUGAAUACUGUGCUAUCCAACUGACAGUGUGUUGCAGAACUGGCCAGGCAGGCUCUGGAUCACAGUGCACAGGGGCAGACUUGCCUUUUCUUGGCUGCGAUUAAUCAUCUCCUCAUCAUUAUUCUUUUAUUGGGGUCCCUACACAGUUCAGCCAAACAUGCCCUGACCAGAGGUGCUGUAACGCAGAAAGACCAAAACUUGGACAGUAUCUGACUAGUUUAAAAACUUUUUCAAACAGUCAAACCUUGUUGUGCUGUUUCGCUAUCAUAAAAUGAGCCUUUGUGAAAUUUCGGAAAAGAAAACCCUCCUUUGUUUUACUCUGGAAACAUGUUAUUUUUGAACUCUCGCCCGGAAACAUGACACACAAAUGUGCAUGCGUGUGGCACAACAUGUGGCUGGCCAAAAAGUGGAUGCUUUUUAAAUGUGGUUGUUGUCUUUCCACAGAGCAACCAACACUUGACUUGCACGUGCUUUUAAAGCAUAAAAACCCCCCAUUUAUCUGUUGUUUACCAGAAAUGUUAGAGACAAAUACACCACUCUUGUUACACACCAUGUCAGCUGCAAAAGGCUUGGUACAUCGUAUUAUAAAAGUUAUAGUACACAGUGUCAUUACAAUGUCAGUACAUAACAUCUGAUAUAAUUUCAGUCAUAAUUGACUUUUAACCUCUGCAGGGUGAUAAAACAGUUUUACACUGUUCCAGUGACCGUGUUAUUGUCAAGCUGGGAUAAACAAAGCCAUAAGAGCUGCCUUCCUUAUCUAUGCUUCCUUCUGGCUGUUAAAGGACUCCUUCGGCUUGACUUGAUUGGUGGAGGAGGAAUGGCAUUAUCUGUGGUCUGAUAGGCUGCGCUGCAAAAACCACUAACUGAAGAGCUGUUGUUGUUGCAGCAGGUCCUGCAGCGACCCGGCUCUGGUGCAGAUCUGUGCAUGGUCAAACUCUCUACCCUCUUCAGCUGAAGGCUCAGUUUACCCCCCUUGUGCAGCAGGACGCCAAUCAAGGGGGUGUCAGGGGGGUCUAGAAGCCUUACUGCUGCAUGCUAUGGGCUGGCUGUGGCUUGUUUUUGUUUUCCCUGGAUGCACAUUGUACAGAUGAACAUGUAGAUAAACGCCCAUGCCUCAGUUUCCUACACUUGAACAUGAAACUACUCCUGGUAAUUCCACAGAGAUGUUCCUUAAUCCCAUUAUCAUUAAUUCUAAGUAUUGAUUAGAAUGAUUAAAAAGGGACUAUCAAUCAGUGAACACCUUGUAACGGCUGCCUUUAUUAAGCACACAGGCGGCGAUGCAUAACAGUAAAUUCAAUCAUGAUCAAUGGCAGCAGGGAACAAAAGAAGCAGAGAGAAGUGAUGAUGUUUUCUUAGAGGAGGGGGGAUUUGUUCUUUCUGCUCACGUUUGGGCCCCACGGUUAGCUCCGCCCUCACGUGCCCUUCCUCGCCCCUAUUGGCCGCCCUGAAUAUGUUGUUGCUCCCUGAUUGGCCGACGAGAGCGUCAAUCACACGAGCCUCAACUUAUUUACCGAAUGUAUGCUGGAGAGAGGACGGCAUUCUGCUUGAGGGCUGCAACAGCUGACUGCCGAGCACUUUACCCAGUGCCUCAAGGAACAAAGAGAGGAGGACACAGCCAUUCAGAAUACAUUUUUAUUUUUUUAAUGCCCUUAAAUUAAUCAAAGUGCAGCGAGGACACGAGAUGAGGCACGCAGUCGUACCGGCAACAAACGUGGAGAAUAAUUCUUUCGCAGUGACAAGGCUAUUAAAGAUAUGUACCCAUUGUGAACGGCUUAGCAAAAAGGUAAGAAGCUGAAAAAAGACACAGGGAGCAAAUAACACUGUCAAAAUCCUCCUUUCUUCGAGCUUCAACCUGACGUUUGGAUGUAUGAGAUUGUGUCAUUUUGACGCUUUUAAGCGACGUUUUUCCUCUCGGACAAACAAGCUGCAGUGCAGUCUUUGUGCAGCUUGUUUAUCAGUAACAAGAGUUUGUGGCCACAGGGUCAGCUAACGCUUAUUUUCUCUUUAUUGAAAUGUCCGCUUUGACUUUAACGAAGAUGACAUGUAAAUAGUGCAUUUAAAGACGUGUUUUUAACCGGGUGUCAGUUCAGACUUAUGAGCAUUUGCUGGUCAUUCAUUCCUCGGGCUCAUUGUGCUCUGCGGGACAGUGUCCGCUGAUAGGACAUGUCUCGACAAGCAGCGGAAAGUUACAGGACUUCACAGAGGCGAUGUAACGGUUCCUUUUUGUGGUUUAAGUCUGCAAUGAUGUGUCUGUCAGUCAAAGAUUUGUCUUGAUUUCUCAUUAAUUAUCAAAUGUAUGAGGGAAAGUCUAGUUUUGUGCAUCUUUUUAUUAUGACGCCACAAAAAGAUCCUAUAACAGUAAAAUAAUAAUCAUGAAAAUCCCUCAAAUUCAGGAUGUGGCACUAGUUUUCGGUAAAAAUAGAAGAAUAAAAUGCGUCUUUCCAGGUGUCAAACAAACAAAGGGACUCUGAUAGAGGAAGUGACAGCAGGGGAUAUUAAAAGUAAUAAUGAUCAAUGCGCUGUUUGCUUCCCCUUCGCUCUUCUGUGGUACUUAAAUGGCUUUUUUUCUUCUUUAUUGUCUUGCAGGACUUGGGAAUAAGGAUCCCAAGACCUAUAGGAAACGGACCAAGCAGAUUUAUCCCCGAAAAAGAGGUAAGAGAUGGUUUGUAAUCUCAUCUGAAGUUCCUUAUCUCCCAGCAAUAUGACAUCUAGUCUAUGACAUAAACCCAUUUUAUAUUAUAUUGUGUGAUUUUUUUUCUUCUCCUGAUAGAUUCUCAAAGUCAGUAAAGUGGACACCCGGACACAGUCGAUAUUUGAGGAUGCUUUUGCAGCCCUCGGUCGCCUCGACAACAUCUCCCUGGUCAUGGGCUUCCACCCGCAGUACCUGGAGAGUUUCCUCCGGACGCAGCACUACCUGCUGCAGAUGGACGGACCUCUGUCUUUGCACUACCGACACUACAUCGGCAUCAUGGUACAGUCAUGUUUACUCUGUGAAUUCUCAACUACGUGAUUUAUGUAACCACCAAUAUGUCAAGUAUCUUGCGGUUAAUGUCUCCUUUUCCUGGGACUCUGCAGGCGGCAGCUAGACAUCAGUGUUCCUACUUGGUCAACCUGCACGUGAACGACUUCCUCCAGGUCGGCGGGGAUCCCAAGUGGUUAAAGGGUCUUGAUGAAGCCCCACAGAAGCUUCAGCAACUUGGGGAGCUCAACAAAAUCCUGGCCCACCGACCUUGGCUUCUCACCAAGGAACACAUGGAGGUGAGAGGGUGGGGGACUGGUCUGGAGGGUGGAUGGGGACAUGAAAGUGUGUUAUGUAACUGGCUGAGAUCAUGGGUGGGGACAGGGGUUUAGCUGCAGCUGAAGAACUUAGAUGGGUUUGGGCGUUUUUAAAAGUGGAGGUAUUGCGAAAGAAAUCUGUCAGGUUUUUCCGACUUCCUAAAAGGUCCUUGUUAUUGAAGUCCUCAUUUGGCUGUUGUUAAAUAGUUCCCUUUGAUUUUUUUUUUGUAGCGUCUUCUGAAGGCGGAAGAACACAGCUGGUCCCUGGCAGAGGUGAUCCACGCCGUCGUCCUCCUCACACACUACCACUCCCUAGCCUCCUUCACCUUCGGCUGCGGCAUCACACCUGAGAUCCACUGCGACGGCGGACACACUUUCAGACCCCCAUCCCUCAGCCAAUACUGUGUGUGUGACAUUGCGAACGGCAAUGGACAUGCCUUUCACGACGACUAUCUUGGAAACCAGGUGAGACCAAAAUCAUGUCCUGUUAGGGAUAAAAUUGAGAUUAUGCGAAUGAUUUCAUGCAAUUUUAACAUUUGGGUUUCUUUGUUGUUUUUGUAGGAGAUGUGUGGCGAGGUGGAGGUGUUGAUGGAGCGCAUGAAGCAGCUGCAGGAAUGCCGCGAUGAUGAGGAGGCCAGCCAGGAGGAGAUGGCAACCCGCUUCGAGAGGGAGAAGACUGAGAGCAUGCUGGUGGUCACGGCUGAGGACGAGGAGUGCGUCCCUUCCAGAGAUAUCUCCCGGCACUUUGAGGACCCCAGCUACGGCUACAAGGACUUCUCCAGGAGAGGGGAACACGUGCCCACAUUCAGAGUGCAGGUAAAGACACAAAACCACUUGAAUCCUCAAUACAGCCCAAAAGAAAGAUGACAUUAAAAAAAUUGAUUUAUGUUUUUUUUUUGAAGGACUACAGCUGGGAAGAUCACGGCUUCUCCCUGGUCAACAGACUGUACCCUGAUGUGGGUCAGAUGCUGGAUGAGAAGUUCCAGAUGGCCUACAACCUGACCUACAACACCAUGGCAACACACAAGGAUGUGGACACCAGUAUGCUGCGCAGAGCCAUCUGGAACUACAUCCACUGCAUGUUCGGCAUCAGGUCAGCUGCAGGAAACUCGCCAUAUUACGUAACAUGAGUUUUGUAGCGAGUGCUCUGUAAGAAUUCUGUCUUCUGUUUUCUUACACUGUGCCUCUCUGGAUGUUUCAGGUAUGAUGACUAUGAUUAUGGGGAGAUAAACCAGCUCCUGGACCGUAGCUUUAAGAUCUACAUCAAGACCAUGGUGUGUUGUCCUGAAAAGACCACCAAACGAAUGUAUGAGAGCUUCUGGAGACAGUUUCAGCACUCCGAGAAGGUAAGAUCUUGAGCUGUAAAGACUUAUAGCAGUGUAGUAUACUUCACAUUAAGUCUUAGCUACUCACAAGAGAUGGUAAAAAUAAAAGCCUACGAAAGUAAAGCAAGUAGAUAGAAAAAGGAAUGGUUCAAGCAACAAACAAUAUUGUGUUUUACUUCCUGAAUUCAUGCACAGUGCUUGAUAGUUGUCUCUCUUCCUCAUUUCUCCUGCAGGUCCAUGUUAAUCUGCUUCUCAUGGAAGCGCGAAUGCAAGCAGAACUGUUAUACGCUCUGAGAGCGAUCACCCGCUACAUGACAUGAAGUGCUUUUUGGCGUUUUUGAGCGUUUGUCUUUUUACCGUCAUUGUUGUUGCUCAUUAUGGGACAUCUCGAGAAUUAACAAAAAAAAAAAAAUCAAAAGUGGGAGGGGGGGUUGGGGGUUGUUGAGAAGCCCUGGGUUGUGACAGAGCUUGUUGAAUGGAUGUUGAGAAGAGGAUCAGAACAAAUGAACAAGAAGAGGGGAAAAAAACGAACAGUUGAAGAAAGUCAUCUCAAACUACAAGUGGAUACACAAACUCCAUUGGUGUUGCCUGCAGUGCCAAAACUGACCAAGAGAGGGCAGCCUGGAGAGAACUCCAGCUCUGCCUGAGGGUGUUUGUGCCAGGCCUGAGCACUGACAGGAGGAGGCAUCCAGGACGACGUUUCAGUAUUCCAGCAUCUCCUCCGCCUCCUGGCAGAGUGAAGACCUGCAGAAAAUCCCCCACAAUGCUGUGCAGUGUCAAAAAUCCUGCACUUUGAUUUUGUCAUCACUGUUUUUUGUGUUUUAGUUUCUUUAGUGUCUUUUUAUUUCAUUUUGUAUUAAGGGAAGUGUUGCAGAUGUGGUAACUGGACAUGACAGAGUUAACGUUGGGGGAGUUUUUUUUCCUUUUUAUUUUAUUUUAUUUUUUACGUGUGCCUGAACUAUCCAGCACAGUGUGCAUACGUGCUGAUGCUGCUGCUCCCAUGUUGUAUUCAGCAGGGGUCAUAUUGAUCCCUCAAAUCACCCCUUAAACCCCAAUUUUACCCCUAUCCAUCAGAAAUCCACUGCAUUACCCCCUCCUUCCUCCUAACCCUUUAUUCCCCAUCCCAAAUCUCAAACGUCAAUGUAAGCUAAUCUGAGGAGAGGAGUGGAGAGAAACUCAAAGAACACUGUCUGAGCCCCUUUUUUGAGUCUGACUGUACAUGUGUGGAUGAUGUAUGACUGUGGUGUGGAUGAAAACAAACAAAAAAAGUUUGUCUUUGAAUUUCAUGCGUCAAAAAAAAAAAGAAAAAAAGCGAGGCACUUUGAAGGAUAAACUUCUUGCUUCUGCUGUAGCUCUGUUAUUGUGAGAUAACUGUUAAUCAUUUGUUGUUGUUGUUGUUGUAAAUGUUGAUGAUGUCUUUUAUUUUCUGGUAAUGUUUAGGGGGGUAAUCAAAAGAAAAGUUAGAAACCAGGUUUUCCAGGAGGGAUUUGCUUCCGGUUGUCCUAACCACACCGUAUCUGUCUUCCGCUUAUCCCAGCUGCCUGGUCACCCUAACACUUUUGACGCUUUGGAUUGUGAAUUUUACCAGUAAAUGAAUACCUCUUCUGUUUUUCUCUAGAAAACAUAUAAGAAGUGCUCUUUGGUGAGCAGAGACUCUUUCCGGGCUGCUGGGUUCCAAUUGUUCGGGGACCCGGCAGGCCCACACAGGGCCGACUGUGGUCGUAGCUGUGCUUAUUUCCCUGCUGGGGAAGUCUAACCAGUGCAAAAGCAGCUUUUGUUUGUUUUUUUAAUUUUAUUUUGAAAGGGGUGCAAAACCUCUGCUGUUUUGUUUUUAUGUUUACUAAAACCAGUUUAGUACUGCAUUCUUCUGAGGGUGGGUUGAAAGAAUCAGACAGAUGAAUGAGUGAGGAAGAGGAGGAUUAAGGAAUGGUACCUUUGAAAGUGUUUCAGAGGAAGUGGAGUUAUUUUUUUUCAAACUUCUGACUGAUGUCAGUUACUGACACUUUUUAUAAAAAAUAAGAUGAAAAAAAAAAUAAACUAUGAUAUUAAAUUGUUGUGUAUCAUUCGUAGUUUUCUCCUAGACAUCUUGUUUUCAUUGCAUCAUCAAAAAGAUUGUAUUCAGAUGCGGCGAGGGCGGCAUGAUUCAGGAGUCAGAGCAAUCACAGCACAAGCAGUCACCAUCAGCCCAGUUGCACAAGAGUAGAGACUGAAAUUACUCAUAAUUAGUGAGCAUAUCUGAAGCUGUUAUGUAGAAAAAAGAUGAGUCAUGAGAAGUUUAUUCCAUCACCUUACAGUCCAAAGUACACUCAGCUGUUCGAUAAUAAAGCUGACGUCAUCAAGCUGAGCUCAGGGGAACAGUUCAGUUUGUCCAGGGAUUUUUAUGUGAACUACUUUACUGUACGAGCUUGAUAACUGUAUGACUCACUGGGAAACAGACGUCUGUCCCUGUUCCUGUGGUCGGUGCGAUCCAGGUCAAAGUUGCUCUUUGCUCCUGCUGACUUAUGUUCAGCUCAAGAUAAGAGGGAAUUUCCUUUAGGAUACUUUACCUCUUUCUCCCAUUUGCCUCCAUGACACAUCUCACAGGAAAAGCUCAGUGCUUUACUCUGAGGGGGAGCUCAUCGAUCCAAUAUUCAGGGUAUUUUCCCAUCAAGGCCGCAGAAGCUCAUCUGUCUAACUCAGCAUUACCCCACUGACCAAACUGCCUUCACGUCUUUGUGGCUUCCCCCGUGUGAUGAAAGAGAAGGAAACAUAUAAAAAACAACCUUGAUAUCAGCCAGCCAACUGUCUUUCAUAUCAACCUGAUAAAUAAGUGUAGAGAACAAUGUUUGUUACUAGCCUGGCUUAUGAGUUUGUUUAGAGGUUUUUGUGGUUGUUCUAAGGUCACUAUGGUGUGAAAACUAGGGGAAUUGACACUGAGGGUUUUGACAUAAAGUGCAGUUUCUGACUUGUUUUGAUGUAAUAAAGAUGUGAUUUUGAAAUGCUGUACUUAAAGGCUACUUGGUGUAACUUGUAAGCACUGCCUGGCCCCAUAUAUGUGUACCAAUAAAGGCUUUGAGAAGCAAAAAAACAGACCAGAGUUGUCACUUCAGUUUUAUUUAAAAGUCCAAGUUCCAAUGACACACAAUCCACUAACAAUAAAAGAUUCCCACAUGAGGUCAAAGCCAGGUUAGUGAGCUGUUUAAGAGUACAUUAUCAUAAAAGUACCUUCACAACCAAGUGUGCAUACAAAACAGACUGAGUCAGUUAUAUAAAUGUGCAAAAAGCUUGUAUGAAAUGAUCCCUGUACGUGUAGAGACAAAGGUCUCUGAGAGCUUUGUAGGAAACAAGUUAAAGUGCCAAAAAAUAAAGAUAUAGAUUGAACAUUAAAUAAGAAGAACCGUAGCUGAAAAUGCAGGGAGUUACCAAAGGCUAGGAAUGAAUAAUAAUGAUACAAAGACAUCCAAAUAUCCCAAUGUAAAGGUCAGGAAGAAAAGUCUGAUCAUGUCCAAAUAACGCCGUAGAUUAAGAUAAUUUUGACUUUUAUGUGGGAAGAUAAAAUGGAUGAUGCAACCGCUCCCCAGAAGUGAAGGCAAAAUAUAUUGAGCACUCUUCCUGGUGACUGGCUGAAGUAUAGGCCAUAAAGCCCACCUCCUCCAUUAUAACAGAUAGUACAUGGGCCAAACUAGAAAAUUAAAACGCAGUCUUUUCAAAAUUCUUCUCAAACAUGCUUUCUGACAUUAAAGUUAGUUCUUAUCAUGAAGAUGAAUAUCCCUUUUUUGGAGGGGCUAGAUUUGGGCUUGUUGUUGGAUAUUUAACAGAAGGCAUAGUUUAUAGCUUAGCUAACAAAUGUAUCUCCAGCAGCGUUGACACAAGAGUUACUGACCCUUUUAUAACCGUGGGUGUGUCUGCUUCAAACCAACACACACAGCUGUUGUGCUGCAGACUAAACCAACCUGAGGGAUUGUUGACCUUUUAUCCAUAAGUUCAACCUGUUUUGGGUUGCUAAGAGGCGGGACAUCAUCCAACCGUCCAGAUCUCCUCAGCACAUGCCUUGACUUCAGUACAAAUCAUAGUGGUAUUCUGGCGUCACUUUUUCCAUUUGGGAGAGAUUGAGGCUCGUCGUCCAUGUUUAUUCACAGUCAGUGAAAGGAAGUCAAAAAGGAUGUGGUGGAAAUCUUCACAACUCGAUCGAAACUCUUUUGAGGUAAAUUUUUUAAUUUGACAUGUAAAUAAAACAUGUUUUUCUAAUUCCCAUCAUGCUGCCUGUUCUAAAGGCUGAAGCAUCCCCACCAGUUUUUGACUUACAGGUAGGAACUCCAACUCCCAGCAUGCUUUGUGGUAAUCCCUCAUGUCUUCAUUGUCAAUCCACCUGAGAGCCUCCUCUUCAUCUAGACAAGGCGGUGUAAAAGAGAGAGUUAGGUUUAAGUGACGGGUUCAAGCUCACAGAUGUGAAGUAUGGAGGUGUGUUCAUGGAGGUGGAAGUUCACCCUUCCUUCCCCGAGGGCCCCUAAUGUCUAUAAGAGCAUACUGUCUCUCUUCCUUGUUAUGUAAGGAUUAGUAAUAACACUGUGCACCAACCUGAAAACAUAAUGAGGCUCUCCAGCAGAGACUCUCUCUCCUCUGUGCUCAGCAGCUUCUCCGACCCCCCGCCCAGCAUGUUCCACAACGCCUGACAGGCCUGACCCGCCAGCUGCCAAUCACCCGGCCCCAAGUCU